AUGGCCGAGAAGUUGCAGCCGCGCACUUUGCGGCUCUCGCCUCCCGGCUUGGGCUUAGCCGAGGGGCGCGGGGAGCGAGGGGCCGUCAGGAUGUUGGGGGACAUGGAUGAAGAAGACGAGGCCUUCCAGCUUCCGACGGGAGGGUGAGAAUGCGGCGCCUCUCUGCGUGGGGGGAGAUGCGGGGUGUGCGAGUGUCUUUGGGUCCGCGUGAGGGGGCGGGGCUGUGUGAGGGGACUAGAGCUGUAUGUGGGGCUGGGGCAGCAUGUGGGGCUGCGGCUGCAUGUGGUUCUGGGGCUGUAUGUGGGGCUGGGGCAGCAUGUAGGACUAGAGCUGUAUGUGGGGCUGGGGUGGGGGGUGCAGGCUUGCGAAGGGUGAUUCCGAGCACAUGCAAAGGGCUUUGUCUGCAAUUACGUGCUGUUAGUCGCUGAGAGAGAGGCGAAGUUCCGCAGAGCUAGGCGUCUUUGAGCCAGCAAGGUUCCUUCUCUCUCUCUCUCUCUCUCUCUCUCUCUCUCUCUUUCGCUCUCUCUCUGCCUCACAGCGUUGCUGGUGAGGAUGAAAUGGGCGGGGUUUCGUCCAGCUAAGGAUGAAAUGGGAGGCACUUUCUUGCAUCCGACUAAGCUAUGCGUUGGUUAUGCCCGCCCAUUUCAGUGGACCUACUCUGAGCUGAAACCGAAGUGCCUUGUGUUUUCACUGUUUCUUACAUGCUUAGCUUUGGAGCAUGCAGUGGCUAAAAAGUUCGCCUCUCAUGAUGAUUGGGUGCGGGAGGCAGGGACCCUGCUGCAGAAAUAGUAACCUCCGCAACCCCCAGACUGCUACACCACUGAUGAUGGGAAUGCACUUGCGCUACAAUCCAGAGGGCCAAACAUACCCCACACCUUUUGUACAGUGAGGGAAUACAUUAUGUUUUAGUAGUGGUUGGGAAUUAGGAAGUUCAGCCCAAGGGUUAAUGGGGAAAGGAGCAUUUUUCUUAAAAAGCAAAACUUAUUGGGGAGUAGACUCCACUGAAUUCAACUGACCUUCCCCUUGAAUGUACAUAGGAUUGAUUUGCAAACAAAUGCCUGUUGCCUGUGCUGUGGUGAAAUAUUUUCCCUUUUCCUAAUUCUAGCUUUCUGAGAGAGAGUCACAAAGUGAGCUUCAUCUCCAAGUGAGGGUCUACACCCUGAUCUCCCAGGUCACAAUUUGGCAUUCUAACUCCUGCCCUAAAGUGGGUUACCUGUAACAGGACUGAAUGGAGGUGUUUUGUGGUCUUAGAUUUCUUCUACAAAAGGAACCCUAAGAAAAAUUUCUAGUGCCCUUUACACUGUGACAUUUUAGGUGUUCAAAAUAAGGGCACUGCACUGCUGCUUUUGGCAACACUAGCAGUGAGCAAAGGUCAGAGUGACAUAUAGCCAGUGGGAGUUGUAGUUUUUGGAGUUGAGAAAUUUAUGGAGAACUGCAGGUGCCCCCCCAUAUUCAAAAUAUAGUCUGGCCUCCCCAAGGUCUGAGGGACAGUGGACUGCCCCCCUGCUCAAAACGUUUGCUGCCCCCUGACCUAUGUCUUCCCAGAAUGUCACUCUCCCCAGAAGGGGAAGCCAAGCUCACAAUCUCUGUUCCGCUCGCUUCUUUUGGGAGCCCCUCAAACAUGCAUGUUGCCACUUGUGGUUUUUCUCUAGCUGUUUGGGGUGCUGUCAGGCAUUUAAAAUGGGCACUUCACCCCUUGGAUAUUUUUGCUUGGUGUUCAGUAUAGCAUGGAGUUUGGGUCUAAGGCUGGAGAUUUAAUGUUUGAAGAUACUUGGCCUUAGGAUGUGUAUGUUGUUUCUUUGUUUCUUUGUUUGUUUGUUUUAAUCUGCAAGUUUCUAGCUCUCAGGAGUGCGGGGACCUGGGCUAGGAUGUGUGGUAACUGGUAAGUUUCUGCUUCCAGAACAACCCUGAGAUGAGAUACUGUACUUCUGAAUGUCUGUAGGGAAAACCACUUGUGUUCAGCCAGGUUUAUUCCCUCUCCCCACCUUCCUGGCAGUGAAUCUCCGUAUGUGGGGAAAGGUAAACCGCAAGGGCAGGGCUUGUAUCUUUGCAACACAAUAGUACCUUGGGUUACAUAUGCUUCAGGUUACAGACUCCACUAACCCAGAAAUAGUACCUCAGAUUGAGAACAGAAAUUGUGCUCCGGUGGCGCAGCGGCAGCAGGCGGCCCCAUUAGCUAAAGUGGUGCUUCAGGUUAAGAACAGUUUCAGGUUAAGAACGGACCUCUUCAACAAAUUAAGUACUUAAGCCGAGGUACCACUGUAAUGGAUACCUUUUAAAUUUUUGUUUUGUUUACAGUGUCUUCUGGACAUCUGUUCCAAAACCAAAGCAUUCCAAAACCAAGGCGUACUUUCCGAUAGAAAGUAACGCAAAAUGGAUUAAUCCAUUCCAGACAAUUAAAAACAACUCCCAGAAUAGCAAUUUAGCAUGAAAAUGACUAUCUAAUUAGACUAUUGAGCCAUAAAAUAAAAGCAAUAGACCAGGCUGCUAUCUGCUACCCAGUAUUAAAAACUGGCAGUGAUUUACCCAUUGCCAUUGGAGGGAUGAGUGCACGGGGUGUAUGAUGGAGAGUUCUAGUGGCGGGGGGCGGGAGGGAUGGAAAGGAAGGCAAAAUUCAUCUCUCUGAGGAGCCAGUUGGCUUCUCUCCCUCCCCCCAUGCCAGCCUUUCUGGAUCCCUCCACCCACCCACCCACCCCGCCACUUGGGUGUGUGAAGAACUCUUACUGCAGUGGUGGCACCAGCAUCCUGUCACGGCAGCCACUUCUGGGCCUGAAUCGGUGGCAGCGAAAGCAGAGAAGGCGAAGUCGCUACAUCAUCAACAACACCCUUCUCUGCUUCCAGAUUUCACUGCCGGCAUCAACUGAGGGAAGGCCGUGCCGAGCAGGCAGGGCGUGUCGCUGCCACCCUCUGGGUCCCUCUGACACCACUGUUCUUGCAGCAUCAGCCACCCCCUCCUCUGCUUUCGGGUGUUGCCAGUGGCCGGCGCGGCCAGCGCUGAAUAAGGGAAGCCAAGGUCAGGCAGCAAGCAAGCAGGCAACGGAAGUGUGGCACUUAAAACAAAAGUGCACCCCCCCAAUGAAGUACGUUCAGAUUCCAAAAAAAGUUUGAAAACCUGAACACUCAUUUCCGGGUUUGAAGCGUUCGGGUUCCAAGUAGUUCGUGAACUAAGCUGUUCAAAAACCAAGGUACCACUGUACUAGGUUCUGUAAAAGCUUGGGUGCAAUAAUUGGGCAACGGCCUUUUCAGUUUUAGGGACUUUGUAGUUUAGACAGAAAGCAAGUAAGAGAUAAUAUGAUAGAAGUUUAUCAAAUUAGGCAUGGCAUGGAGAAAGUGGAUAGGGAACAGUUUCUCUCCCUCUUGUGAACAUCCGAUGAAGCUGAACGUUGGAAGACCUUCAGGAAAAGCAAAAGAAAGUACUUUCUCACAUCAUGCACAGUUAAACUACAGAACUCUCCCGCAGGAGGCAGGAAUGGCCACCAACUUGGGUGACUUUAAAAGAGGAUUAGAAAAAUUCAGGGAGGAGAAGGCUAGCGAUGUUUAGUCACCGUGGCUGUGCUCACCAAGUUGGUGGCAGCAGGGCUUCUGAACAACUGUUGCUGGAAGCCACUUUAGGGUAGAGGCCUCUUGUGCUUGGGUUCUGUUGGCUACUGUAAGAACAGAAUGCUGGACUUGCUGGGCCUUUGGCCAGAUCCUGCAGGCUUUUCUUUUGUUCUUAAGAGAGGUUAUAGAAACUAAUAGGAAAAGGAAGGGAUUGUCUCCAACUAAGUUCUGCUUAGAGAAGACUCACAAUGUGUCUACUCCUUUAGGUAAAGGGUAAAGGGGCCCCUGACCAUUAGGUCCAGUCGUGACCGACUCUGGGGUUGCGGCGCUCAUCUCGCUUUAUUGGCCGAGGGAGCCGGCGUACAGGUUCCGGGUCAUGUGGCCAGCAUCCUAAUCACUGACAGGAUUCUAGUUUUUGAAUCCAUUACUCUCUGGUCUUUGGGGAAGGCUGCAACAAAAUCGCCAACCUGCAGUGAAACAUGAGCAUCUGUGUGCUUGCAGAUACAUGUCUUGUUCCCACCCGCUUGCCUCUCUCUGUGAAUGAAGUGAAUGGUUACUUUUCUCUCUGCCCAGGACCAGGCUGGCCUCUCUCUUUGGACAGGAUCAGACAACUACAGAAUCUGGAAAUGUGCUCUUCCAAUACAUGUCACCCAAGCAGCCUAAAAAGGUCAACUAGCUACUGGUAAGUAAACUGUUCACAAUGCCUAGGAACAUAAGACAAGCCCUUGUGGACCAUCUAGUCCAACCUUUGGUUCUGAAGCCCCACAGAAUCAACUGGGUUGGUCAACUCCUGAGUAGUGCUGGGGAGAGACCCUGACCUGGGGCCCCAGAAAGGUGCUGGUGGUCUGUAUUCACCACACUGAGGUAGAUGGACCCAGUGGUUUGACGCCAUACAAGGCAACUUCCUGUUCUGAAAUCAUAUUGUGAGAAGGGCAUUAUAUGAAGUAUGGGAGAGAAGUAAAAAAUCAGUAGUGACCAAAACACCAUGGUGGCUGUCACCAAUGGAAUCUAUGACAGUUCAUAGGAAAAAUAUGAAUUUUUUAACCAGUGAUUGGUUAACAUACAAGGAUUUAGUAGAGGAAAUAAGUAGCAACCCGAAAAUAAAGGACCUAAGAGAACUGAAACAGAAGGGAAUAACCUGGCUGGAAUAUUAUCAACUAAAAGCCGCCAAACUAUUUUUGAAUUGGCAAAGAAAGGAGGAGGAUAUCAAAGAAAUUACAGUAAAAUGGGAGAGGGACCUGGGACAUAUGAUCAAACCCAGUAUUUGGAAUGAAUAAUGGACUAAAAAAUCAUGGCUUGCUUCCUUAUAAGGGAAAAUCUUAUGAAAAUGUACUAUAGAUGGUACUUGACCCCCCGUAAAACUAGCAAUAAUAAAUAAAUCAUAUAAUAACAGGUGCAGGAGAUGUAAAGAACAGUUAGGAACAUAUUACUAUAUGUGGUGGUCCUGUCUAGAGAUAUAAAGAUUUUGGAAUAUGAUUUAUGAAGAGAUAAAGAGAUUGAUAAAAACUACAUUUAGCAAUAAUCCGGAAGAAUUUUUACUAGGAAUGGUUUCAGAUAAUAUUCCUAAAAACAAAACCAGGUUAUUUAUGUAUGCAAUGUCAGCAGCAAGGGUUAUAGUGGCAAAACACUGGAAAGAUAAAAAUACACCCACUAAAGAUGAAUGGGUAGUCAAAUCGUGCGAGUACUUGGAGCUCGUGAAGCUGACAGAUGCAAUAAGAGAUAAACCUAAAAACAUGGUGAAAGAAGAAUGGGAAUGUUUAAAUAAUUAUCUAGGGGAUAAGGGUACAUCAAUAAAGACCUGGUUAUGUUUAGAAUGAUACCACAUAGGGAGAUGUUCCCUGAUACCAAGAUGAGGGAUUCUAUGGAAUGCAGAUAGAGAGAAUUGAUAAGAAUAAUGAUCUGUUGUGAUCUUGACGGAAGCGUACAAUGGAUGAGCCUUCUUGUGUUUUGGCUCAUUUCCCCUCCCCUUUCCCCCCACUUUUUUCUUUUCCCUCCUCCUCCUUUCCUCUUUUUUUUUCUUCCCCAUAAUGGCUUAUGUUCUAUGCCAUGUACUUUGAUAUUUUUUGUAGUUUUUUAGCUUUUUCCAUUAUUGUUAUUAAUAAUUUUUCUUUUGUAAUUUUGGUUGUUUAUAUUUAUCUGUAUUUGUUUAAAGCAAGAUAAAAGUAUUAAAAGAAAAAAAAAGUCAACUUCCUGUUUUCCAUUAAUCUGAGCAACUGGCUCAGACAAGGUCGCUAACUUGGCCUGAUGUUUGCAAGCAAUGUUCUGUUUGCAACAGAGCACUUACCCUUCUCAUGUGCUGCUCCAGCUGCAGGUCUGUCUACCCAGAAGCAUCCUCCUGCAGCUGCUCCUGCAGCCGCAGCUGCUCCUGCGUCCACUGCAGCAGUGCAUUCAGUUUUCUUCGCUACAGUUGUUCAUGCAUAUUUGUUGUGAGUACUACAGUAGGGGGGAUGAGCUGCAGUGUGUUCUUGCUACCCAAAUCCUGUGCUCACAUCUUUUGCAAUCAUCUCUCCAUCUUGCCUGGCUUCUUCGGAAAGAGGUGGAACUGAACAACAGUGGGGGGUGGUUGAUUAGGGCGAAUGGGGCACUGCCAACUCAACCUCAGCCUGCCCCCACCUGCCUGUUGUUGUUUUUUUACUUCCAGCCAAUCAGGCUGUGGAUAUCAUUGACUCUGGCUCGAUGUGCUGUUGAUUUCCUUGCCUUAUGCUACACCAGUGAAAGCAGGUCCAGUAGGAAGGUACCCCUCAUUCUGCCCUCAGCUGGCUCCCACCUGCCUGCCUUCUUACGUCCAACCGAUCCAGAGGGCAGGACUUCCUGUCAGCUUCCUCUCCCCCCUCAGUCUCUAUGCUGCCAUGGUAGAACACAGCAAGGAGGAGGAUGGGGACAGCCCUAGGCUUAGCUGGCCCUUCUUGUCGUGGGCUCUGGUGCCACCUAGAGUUGGGCUCCCUGCAUUCAUCCCAAUGAGGCACCAGCCAACACUGAACUGAAAUGAGGAUAGAGACCUCCUGGGAUGGGGAGCUUGUGGGCUGAUAAACUGUUGCUGGGGUGCUACCGCUCACCCCCAACAUCACCCCUCGCCGCUGGCCAGAUGGCCUGGGCUGAUGGGAGUCAAACAACCCCUGGGAAGUCUUUGUAAAGAGCCGCUUAAUAUAACCCAUGGGGUUGGCAUGGUGGCAACAAUUGUGGGAAGCUAAGAGGUGUUCUCUUCUCAUUCCAGUACCAAUGGGAAAUAUGUGAAACAUGGCAAGUAUAGAGCAGCUGUAGUGGGCAGCAAUGCAACCAAGGAGGUAAGAGGAGGAGGUGUGGUGUCUUGAAGUAGCCUGGCCUUCUGUCAACCUCCUGUGCUCCAGAUGUUUGGGGCUAUAGCUGCUGUUGGUUCUAAACAUUUGGAGGAUACCGGGUUGAUGUAGGUUGGGCUAAGGAAAUGCUUCCCUUUCUCUGAAUCCUGGUUUCCCGAUGGUGUCUUACUCUGGAAAAAGCAAAGGUGCUGUUUUGGCUCCUGUCUCUUUCUGCCCAAUCAGCUCACAAGGGUUAUAGCUCCCAUUUUUCUUAUUCUGACCUAACUUCUCUACAAAAAGUAUUCGUAGCAGGGAAGGGGCUGUUGCUCAGUAACACAGCAUCCACUUUGCAGACUUAAGCUCCCAAAUCCAAUUUUUUUUUUAAAUGAUAUUUAUUAAAGUUUCAGAAACAAAAGAUUACAUAGAUAAAAAGAAAAGAAACAAGAGAAAAAAUAAAAAAGAGAAAAAAUACAAAAUACAGAAAAAAAUAAAUAAAUAACACUUAAAAACAAAUCAAUCUUUCCGUACCUUACAUUUCAUUUCCUUGCUUCCCUGACCUCCUCUCACCUCCCUUUUUUGUAUUCCAGUUCAAUUGGUUAAUUCAGCAAUUCCUUUCCCUCUUUGUUUUUAUCUUAAUCCUUUAACUUAAUAUAUUAUAACUUUGGAUUCUCACCUAUUAACAAUCCAUUUUUACAUACACCUUUAUAACAUUGCUGCUAAAAGCUCCCAAAUCCUAUCACUAGCUCCUCUGGGUAGGGCUGGGGACACUGCUGCCGGUCAGAGUAGGCAGUCCUGAGCUAGGGAGACUAGUGGUUUGAUUCAGUCCAAGGCCCUGUGCUCUUAUUUAACUAGAACCACGUGGACUAGAAUCUUGACAAAAGAAGGGCCUAGGGGGUAUUGUGUGCGGAGUGGAUAGAGGGAGGUGAGACAGUAACUUUGUCGUGGCUUGAAAAACCAAUAAAUGUUCCCACCACACUCAAAAAAGAAAGGGGGUUUCAGCAGCUUAUGUUGGAAAAGGGAUUCAGUUUUUCCAGCCUCUGUCCUUUUCAGCCCAGUCAGCCAGCUUUUCAGUGGUUUGUUCUGCCCCACUUUGCUAUGAAAGGAUUCACAGGUGUUUUACAAUAAACAGAUAAAAUAUGUCAGGAAACAUAUGCAUUUAUUCCAGAAAGACUCUGGUAUGAUUGCCUUGUCCUACUGUGCCGUUGCAGGUGAGGGUGGUGGGGACAGGAUAAAACACUGGGCUGUCAUUCUCGUUUUGCUAAUUGGGCAGAAAAGAACAGAUCUCACCCCUUGGUUUCUGCAGGUGUAGGGAGCCUUUGGUCCUCCAGAUGUCGCUGAACGACAGCUCCCAUCACCCCUCUCCACUGGCCAUGCUGGCAAGAGCCAAUGGGUGUUGUAGCUCAGCACCAAAGGCUCCCCACGCCUGCUCCAUUGUAACGAAGUCAUUCCACAUGUAAUUAAGCCAGGCACCUGCAACCAAAGCAAUUCCUAUGAUGAACACCUCUGAUGUAUUUGUAUGUUAAUGUGUCAUUUGGGUGUUGGGGUGCUGUGGAAAUGCUACCUGGUAUAAGAAGAGCUCCAGGUGCUUUUGAAAACAGCCAGCCCCAUAGUUUUUGAUUCCUCACUUUUGCUCCUGUUUUCUUCUGUCCAUCUAUCUCUUGUGGAAUCCAGUACAGAGUGCUUCUUUACAUCAGCAAGCAGCAGCAGAUUGCGACCGCCAGGAUUGAUGCAUGGUUUGUAUUCACGGUAAGCUUUGGUGUUAAGACCUGCAAGGACCAUGGCAUAGGCUGAGGUUACACAAUGCAACACAUCUUGCUGAAGCUAAGGAGGUGUGGAGCUGGUUGGCUCCUGGACAGCAGACCUUCUAGGAACCCUGUGGGGCUGCCUUGAGAUCUCUCAUGUAGUAAUAGAAAUCACUCGGCAUAAGCCAGGUAUUGUGCAUCCAGAAGGUCAGCAGCUGCAGCAGAUUGCGACCGCCAGCAUCCAUGCCUGGUUUGUAUUCACGGUAGGCUUUGACGUUAAGACCUGCAAGGACCAUGGCAUAGGCUGAAGCUAAGCAGAAUUCUUUGGUGGUUUGAAAUGCACAUUACAUAUGAGGUCUCAGCUGUGGUCAAUAAAUUUCAGUGGGUCUGCUUUCAGUAGGGCUAAUGCUUGUUGCAACCCAUUAGAUUUGAGUAGUGUUAGAUCCAAGGGCCCCCUCUAUGGUUAAAACGCUUACCUAGAGGUAACAAAGUAAAGUAGAUGACAUUCUGCCCUCUGUCCUACUGUAGCUUACAUCCCUUGGGGUAGCCCUCCACCCCGAAAUCCUAUAGCAUUUUUCCAUUUCUAAACAUGACACACUACAGACGUUGAUGUUUGUGUGUGUGUGCUCAGAGUAGACUCACUGAAAUUAAUGCACCAAAGUUCAUCAUGUCCAUCAAUUUUCAUGGAUCUGCUCUGAGUAGGGCUAAUAUUGGGACACAACCCAAAGUCUUUAGCAAGACCCAUCAUUAAGAAAGUUGUUUUGAGAAGAGGCUGUCUGCUGCUCAGAAUUCCACUUUCUCCUUUCUCUUUCCGCAGGUGCAGCCCAACAACUACUGCACAUUUUAUGAUGAUCAGAGGCAGAUUUGGUCCAUCAUGUUUGAAUCAGAAAUGGCAGCUGUGGACUUCAGCAAGCAGGUGCCAGAGGCGUGCACUGCAUUGUGGGGUGGGGGGUGGCUCUCCUGCAGACACUGAACUAGUGUUCGCGGGAGCUCAGCUCUCUUGCAUCAGUCGCCAGAUGCUUUCUCUGCCAACCACUAAGAAGCAUCCAGGGAGGGCAAGGAAUGGUGGUGUAGCCAGUUGGGGCCUUUUCAGGCCCCUGGGGUCUUCAGCCAGUGCUGCGUUGGGCCAGAUUGCAUAGGUGCGGAUGACAAUGGUAGCUAAUGACACAAAUGGCUUGGUUCUUCCUCUUUGCAGCUGUGCAUUGCCAAGUAUAACAGCAGCCGUUCUCCUGACUCAGUGCUGUGCCAGGAUCUUGUUCUCGGAGACGGCCAAGGUGUGGCGACUGGAGAUGUCCUGGAGAUCACUUUUACAGGCUGGCUGUUCCAGAACGGUAGUCUUGGGCAGGUGAGACCUGGCAGAGGGGGUGUCUGGGGAUGAUGGGGGUUGAAGUCUCUAGCAGCACUGCAUGGCCACAGCUUUCCCACUCCUGGUUUAUAGAUUGCAUACAGCCCUUUUCUCCCACAACCCUGUCUUUUUGCCUUUCAAUAACAUUGCAAGGAAAUUCCUCCUGAAACAGGAGAGGGACUUGAUGAGACUCACCCAGCUUGCUUCACAGCUCAAUGUGCAUUUGACCCCAACCCCAAUGAGCUCUAGCCAGUGCUUUUCCAUGGGGCUUGCAUUGGUUGCUCUCCAGAGGUGGGGCCUUGCCCAGCCUUGCUGCCCUUUCUCAACUGGGGAUGCUGGGGAGGGAACCCAGGACCUUCUUCCUGGGAAGCACAUGCUCUUAGGCCCUGAGCUUCACCUGUCUCCAAGGACUAGAUCCUAUUUCUUAACCUCAUUUUACCCAAUCUGCAACAUAGGAGGCACCGCUAGGUAGGGAUUCAACAUGGAAAGCUGCCUUGCACUGCAUCAGGCCACCGGUCUAGGUUGGCAUCGCCCACAUUGACUGGCAAUAGCUCUCCAGGCUUCCAAGCAAAGCCUUUCCCUGACCUUACUUGGAGAUGCCAGGGUUGAACCUGGAACCUUCUGCCUGCAAAACAGGUGCUGUGUCCCUGAGCUGUGCCCCGUCCUUUAAUACUCAUUGCUCUUGGCUCAGCAGUGGGAGUAGCGGAACGUGAACCUAUUACCUUUCGCGUUAAAAGUAAUUUCACCCCAUCGACCUUCCACUUUUGGAACAGGUUUUCGACUCAAAUAUAAAUAAAGAGAAAUUACUACGUCUGAAGCUAGGCUCUGGCAAAGUCAUCAAGGUAAGAUGGCGCUACUCUUCCCACCGCACUGAAAGGAUUCUUUCUUCCACUUCCACAUCUAAGCAGAGUUCAGCAGCCCAGGCUAUGUGGAAGGCUAAAUAGCAGUGAUGUUUUUUGAGCUCAAACCCUGAUCAAAUGGCUUCCUCAAGAACGGCAGGCAGGUAGCUGUCCUAGCUUGUCUUACGCCUGCCAUGAUCUGCUGGAGUGGGAGGCCCAAACAGGGUCCCUUGAUCCCUGCAAAAUUCCUGAUCCUGCCCUACUGGUCAGUCAGGCUUGCCCUUUCUUUACAGGAGGGUGGGGAAUCUCAGGCCCAGCAGGGACUGAAACUGGCCCUCAGGAUUCACCCCAGGCCAUGCCCCUUGCCAAGCCUGCUCUGUGGCCUGGACCAAAACAGUCCUGGACCUCCAAUGUUGCCUCUUGCUGUCCUGGAUGAGAGACAGAGGGGGGAGUGUGAGUUGGUUUCUAAAGUAGCCUAUUGCACAAAGGUAAAAAUUACAUUUGUUGCCCCUCCCACUUUCCCCUCUAGCCCCGCCCACUCCUGGCAUGCUCCUCCCCACCAAGAAGGUUGCCCCAGAGGGAAUGGUUUUCAUCCCUGCUUUAAACUACAGUUCGUUCCUCAUGACUGCAAGAGAACUGUCAGUAUUCCUGUGCCCUGCUCUCGACCAGCCUUUACCAACCUGACAAACACACACACAGAUCCUGUGGACUCCAACUCCCAUCAGCCCCAGCCAGCGCCUACUGAUUGGGUUGGAGUCCAAGGUGUCUGGACGAUAUCAAGUUGGCGAAGGCUGUGUGGUUCUGGCACUUAGCGAAGGCGGUCACCCAAACUUGUUUUCUGCUUGGUUCUCCGUUUCUGGAACUUGAAGGGCUGGGAAGAUGGAAUGAUUGGCAUGAAGAGAGGAGGCAGGCGGUUCCUCCUUGUCCCGCCAGCAUUGGCUUACGGGCCUUUGGCAGAAGCUGAACGCAUUCCUCCGGACUCAACUCUGGCCUUUGAGGUGGAAGUCAAACGGGUGAGUGUGUCUGCCUCCCAACAUGUUAGCGACCAAGAGAACCUCGGAAGGUUGUUGGGUGGUCGGUCUAUGGCCUGGAUAAGGUUCUACAAAUGGAGACAGUGGUUGCCUUGACCAGACUCCAUGAUGCCCCUCUUUUGCUCCCUUAGGUGAGGUUUGCAAAGGGCGCUGACUCCGCCGGACAGAACCUGGGCCCCAGGGACUCCCUCACACCUUCACCAGCACCACAAUCAGGAAGCCCCGCUACAGACCCAGCAUGGCUGACUCCUCCUACUCCCGCUCCAAAGCCAGGGUGAGAAAUAAAUUGAGGGUGCCCUUAGCUUUUAAGCCUUCCAUUCUCCCAGGUGUCACAUCCUAACUCUGCAGUAAUUAGGUUGCCACCUCUGUGUUUGAGGCUUUUGGCCUUCACCUCAGCUGCAUAACUCAGACCCCAUCUGCACUGUACCACCUUGGGUGGAUGAAGUCCGGUAUACAAAUUCAAUAAAUCACAAUAAAUCAUAUAUUCCAAAUAGCGCCAUGCCAUUUUCAACAGCUGUGGCUUCCUCCAAAGAACCUGGCAGGGGCCACAUUCCAGGGCUGGGCUGGGGCUCCAGUGGACAGAGCAACAGAUGCUGCUCCUGCCUUCUGUGCAGCCAGAAAAUACACCAUGUGGGGCUUCUUUCUGCACACACCUCUCCCUGUCCAGGGAAGCAAGGUGCACUGUCACAGUUCAAGGACACAUUCCAGCCAGGCUAUAGCUCCCUUGGGGAGGUCAUGAGGUGGGGUUGGUGAGGGGCUUGGCCGAGGCAGAGUCCCAAAGGCCAGUUUGAGUAUCCUACCCCUUAAUAGACUCUUCCUACUAUGCUCAGGUUUGUUAACUCCCUUCCUUCCAUACUGCAGGGAGCCAGCUGUGCGUGCCAAAUCAAGCUCUAUUAGCAAACAGCUAGCGGUAAGUCCCCAUUGGAGCCAAAUCUUCCUAUUGAUUGUAUAGUUCCUGUUGAAUGUGACCAAAGCAAUGAGAAGUAACUUGGUCCUCUCAUAGAGAGAGGGAUCCUUAUUGGUGAGCAUUUUUUGAGAAACUCAAAAGCUCCCACAUAAUAAAGUUACUGUAUUUUUCGGUCUAUAAGACGCCCCCUAUUUUUUAGGACUUAGAUUUAAGAAAAUGGGAGGAAAUGUAUCCGUGUAUAAGACCCCCCCUGAUUUUUUACAUUCUUUUUAAGAGAAAAAGCCUAGUCUUAUACACGGAAAAAUACGGUGUGUCACAGUUCCUGUUGAGGAACAUAGCAAGCUGCCUUAUACCAAGUGAGACUGCUCAUCCACCUAGCUCCCUACUGUCUACACUGAUUGGCAGUGAAGGAGGGGAGGGCCCUUUUUUUAGUUAAUUACCUGCUUCUCCAGGGUUUCAGAUAGGGGGCAUUCCCUGCCUACCGGGUAUCAAACCUGGGGCCUUUUGCAUGAAACUGUGUGUCUUGCCCUCCCUAGAUCUAGUAUUCACCCCAAACUGGUUUUGGGUCUGAAUCUUAAUUUGAGGGAAAGCCUUGUAAGGAUCAUCAAUCAUUUUGUUUGUAUGUCGCCUUUCCCAAGUUAAAACAAUGCUCAAAGCGGCUUACAACAUAUUAAAAAAACCCAUAGCUACAAAUGUUCUGGCAUGCCUCUCUCUCGUUAAUGUGGGAUUUGAAGCCUCCAGGGUCCCUUUCCACUUCCCAGGAGGGUUAAUUGUGCAUUGUCUUCUUCAGGAGCCGCAUGCCAUUCAAGAAUUUUCAACCUUCUGUCCGAACGACUACCGUCCAAUGGCCCCUCUUCAGUGGGCAAUGCAAGGUAAAAAGUGUGUUCCCUUGUUGUGCCUUGGUGAUGGUCACCAACUUGGGUGGCUUCAAAAGAGGGUUAAGCAAGUUCAUGGAGGAGAGGGCUGUCAAUGGCCACUGGCACUGUGGCUGCGCCCUCCCUCCACGGCUGGAGGAAAGAAUGCUUCUGAAUGCCAGUGGCUGGAAACCGCAGGAGGGGAGAGGGCUGUUUGCAGGCUUCCCAUGGGGGCACCUGGUUGGUCACUGUGAGAAGAGGGUGCCAGAUUAGAUGGGCCACUGGCCUGAUCUGGCAGGGUUCUUCUUGAGUGCAGUGGCUCUACUCAGUAGAAUUUAGUUGGACACAACCCAGAAGCCAGCAUGAUGAUUGUGCAUGGAAAGCGGAGGAAAUCUGGAUGUGUGGGGAUGGGGGAGCAGUGUCCUUCAUUUGCUGGAGAUCAGCUUGAGCAGAGUCUGCAUCUGUCACUGGCAUUGUGUUUAGAUGCUUGAAUUGAUCUGUUUGUGUGCUUACUCUUCUGGGUUCCUUUGGGUGGAAAUAGAGACAAACAUUUUGAUGAUGAUGAUGAUGAUGAUGAUGAUGAUGAUGAUGAUGAUGGACUGCUUGUAUUGAGAUGGGCAACGCUGAUGCCUCUGCUUUCUUCCUAGCUCCUCAUCCAGCUGUCUCGGGGCUCCUGGUGCCUGCUGCCCCCCAACCACACCCACCCCUUCCAAGAACCCCUCAAAACUGUCAGGUAAGGAGUCUUUUGUAGGCAGGGAAAGGUUCUUUAAUAGGCUGCCAAGUGAGGCACAACAUCAUGCUCUGUCCCCUGGUUUGCUCAAGACAGGGGCAUGUGACUAGCAGGCUUGACUAAGUUUCCUCAUCCUUUUCUGUCAGUGUCAGGUCUUCAUUUGCAAAAUAGGGAGGGUGAAGCAUAACCAUGAAGGUAAUAGCCCUUCGGUGCAAAUCCCAAAAGCGCUAGAUUAAGAACUGGCAGUAUUAAUAGCCUUGGGUUGGAGGGAAGCAAUUUGUUACCUCAGCAGAGGUAGUUUCCACCAAAUCCAGCGGGGAUCUUCUAUAUAUUAUAUGAUCUUUAGAAGAAUGUAAGAAGAACCUCUGCUGGAUCAGGCCAACGGCCUAUCUUGGCCAGCAUCCUGUUCACAUGGGGCACCUGUUCUCAGUGGCUACCUGGAUGCCCCAGUGCAAAGUGCACAAACAGUGCCUGCGUGCAAGAGCUCUUUCCCCUCCCCCAGUUUCCAGCAACUGGCAUUCAGAAGCAUUCUUUCUUCCAGCCAUUAGCUGUCGAGGCCAGUAGCCAUCAAUAGGCGCCUCCCCCAUGGAUCUGCCCAAUCCUCUUUUAAAGCUGUCCAAAUGGUUGUCCAUCAUUGCCUUUUGCAGGAGAAGAUCCCUUGCAGUCCUUGGCCUUUGGGUCAUCUAGCCCUUGAGAGCAGGCUUAAGCAAUCCUGCUGUUUUAAUGGGGGACCUUUUUGCCGUCUGUUUGGUCAGUGUGACAAGUCACCUGACUCUCCUUUCCCUCCCCACCUGUGUUCUCAGCCUUAUGCAGGGAUGCCAUAUGCUUACCCACAAGUGAGUGCCGCAGUUUCCCAGCUCCAGCCUGUUGGGUUGUGCCCAGCUCCUUUCCAAGGUAUGUUCAAACUGUGCACUAUGUAGCUUUGGGAGCUGCUUUCAAACAUUAACUUUUUUAAAAAAGCAAAACCCUUUAUUAACAUUGUUGACAACCCAAAAGUCUGGUAGCAGGCUUGCCAUAUAUGAAGAAAGCAAACAAUAAAUAAUAAGAGAAAGAAACGGUGACACACCAGUACUAAUUAAGACACCCAUAUUUCCCAAACUGGUACGGAUAGUGAAUGUUGAGCAUCUACCUCUGUAGCCCAGGAAAUGAAAUCCUACCUGUUGAGCAUUAACUCAGUGAAAGUUAGAAAUUCCCCCGUUCAGAGCAUCACAGCCUACUGGAUCAGGCCAGUGACCCAUGUAGUCCAGCAUUUUCUUCUUACAGUGGCCAAUCAAAUGCCUGUGGGAAACCUACAAGCAGGAUCUGAGCACCUUUCCCUUCCUCUGCUUUUCAGCAGCUGGUAUUCAGAAGCAUUUAUUGCCCUCAAUUGUGAAGUCAGAACAUGGACAUCAUGGCUAGUUGCCAUCAAUAGCCUUCUCCUCCUCCAUGAAUUUGUCCAAUCCUCUUUUAAAGCCAUCCAAGUUGGUGGUCAUCACUGCCUCACGAAGUCUGCACUGUGUGAAGAAGCAUUUCCUUUUGCCUUAUUCCAGCCGUUUAAAAGCUGGGAAUAGGCGGCUAAGUUGCCUUAAAGUCCCCCACCCUAGAAGAUUCACGGCUGCUUGUUAAGAUGCUCAAGGACAACUGUGUUCUUUUCUCCCUGCCCUUUCUUAUUGGUGUGACCCCUCUCUUCCCGCCCUGUCCACUUCUACAGUGGUACCUCUGGUUAAGUACUUAAUUCGUUCUGGAGGUCCGUUCUUAACCUGAAACUGUUCUUAACCUGAAACACCACUUUAGCUUAAUGCGGCCUCCCGCUGCUGCCACGCUGCUGCUGCGCAAUUUCUGUUCUCAUCCUGAAGCAAAGUUCUUAACCCGAGGUACUGUUUCUGGGUUAGCGGAGUCUGUAACCUGAACCCAAGGUACCACUGCAUUUGCUUCUGCUGGCAGUCUCAUUUUGAAACAACAAUAACAAACACAACCUUGCAAAGUUUUCUUUCCUCUCAUAGCAGCUGGAGACAUUGGUUCAUUCCUGCUGACAGAGACCCGGCAGCAGAACACAGAGAUCCGCCUGGCCGUUGGGAAGGUGGCUGACAAGAUGGACCAGCUGUCAGUCAAGGUAAUACAGAACUUUCAGGAUAGGAAGCUGCUUAAAAACUGCCUUGCUAGGACUUUCCAGAAACAAUAGGAAGGUUGUUUUUCUUGCAACAGGCUUUUCCAGUGGACUGAAAAGCUCCCUCCCCUGAGGUGUUGGUUUUGUAUUGUUGAUUAUUUUAUUUCAUAAAAAAAACUCAAAGCACUUUACAAAAAGAAUAAAACAAUAGAAUUAUUAGUAAAAACGAUUUAAAUAUUCAAAAAAUUAAAACCAGCGAUAAACUAGAAACCUAUCAGCAUUCUAGAGAUCUAAAGAAGCAUGUGCCGAAAAGGGUACAGGCAGUUCCCCAUUUACACGGGGUUUGCGUUCUGAGGCACUGUGCAUGUCAGCCUGCCCCGCACCCCUGAGGGCCAAAACUGGUGCGCCCACAGAUGGGGAGUUGCCUGUACAGUGAAGGUGCCUGCCUGAUAUUGAUCGUUGUUCAACUGUUUUAAGGCUUUUAAACAAUUUUGGCGUUUUAUGUUCAUUGUAUAAUACAUAUAUCAGGCAGUAUAUACAUUUUCUGAAAUAAUAAAUCAAUCUACCUUCAGGUUUUGCUUCUGUUUCAUACUGUUUGGAGAACUGUAUCUAGCUGCUUUUAUAAUAGGCUUGUGAAUUGUCUUUUUAAUCUCUGAUGGGGGGGGGAGGUUUGGGACUAGGGAAGCUGUUUCAGCUAGGCGACACCCCAGUCUGAAAACCCAGGGAGAUGCUGCCCGCCAGUGUUGACAGCACUGAGCUAGAUGGAGCCAGUGGUCUGAUACUGAGCCAGGUUGCUGUGCUCCCAGCAGUUUCUCUCCUUGGCAAACAAGUGAGCAGCAUAAAGGGCCCAGGCCUGAUCUGGCUUCUUCUCUCCCGUGUGCUGAUGCUUCAAGCUGCACCUCCUUUUUGUUUUUCCUUUCUCUCCCCACACCCCUUGCAGCUGGAGGAACUGCGGAAGCAAAACUCUGGCCCCGGUUUGCUGCCAGGCAUCUCUUCUGUUACCAUGGAAACCUCUAUGAUCAUGAGUAACAUCCAGCGUAUCCUGCAGGUAAAGAGCCUGUCUACUUGAGAGCAUGAAGACUAGAACACCUUGCUUUUACCUUCAGGUGAAGGGUCACAGCUAAGCAGCAGAGCAUGUGAUUCGCAGGCAACAGGUCCUGGGUACAGUCCCCAAUGGUGUCUCCUGGCAGGGCUGAGAGAGACCCCGUGCCUGAAACCCUGGAGGAGAUGCUGCCAGUCAGUGGGGAGCCUUGGGCACAAAUGCUGCCCUGUCCUUCCCUGUUCCUGCUCUGCACCUUCCUUGAGUUCUUUUGGCCAGCUGGAAGUGUCUUUGUUGCUAGCCUGGAUGUGGAGCAAUUGGUGCAGAGACUUCUAGUCUCCUGUAUUAUAGCCACAUCUGUUGCUCCACCCACUUUUGUCCCUAGCCCCGCCCACACCUGGACAGUUGAUCCAGAGGCAAGGCAGCCUUUGGACUGGCAGAGGUUCUUUGCCCCUGUUGUAGGCUGCACUGAGCUAGAUACACGCAACUAUCUGGCUUGAGCUAAGAGAGCUUCCUCUGUUCCAGUUCCUCUAAGGCUCCACUAGCAACUGGGCUUUUAGUAUUGCAGCUCCAGACAUCCAGAAUGAGUUUGCAGCCCAAAUCAGACCAGGGCCUAGUGUGACGCGGUUCAGAUGCCUCUUGAAAGCAUGCUUGCUUUGGAGGGCUUUCCAUCCUGAGAUGUCACUUAUGAAGAUCAAGUUUUAUACCUGCUGAAAUGGUGUUGUUUUUUAAAGUUGAGUAGAAUAGAUGGACUUAUUGUAUCAGAGUUUGUGAAACUGAUUUUAUUCAUUCUCAGAGUUUGGAUUUCUGUGUUGUAUUUUGCUUUUACCAUGUAUCUUGCUUCCAUGGCUUCAUGCAGUACAGCUGUCUCGCAAUUUGCUUACUAAAUAAAGUUUACCUAGGAGGCUUGCAAAGGGGAGCAGCUCCAACCUGCCCAUGUUCUGUCCAUGACCAUGGCGGAAGACCACAACGAUUUCUCUCCUCAAAUCUGGGUCCCCGAGAGAGGUUGGGGAAGAGAUUGUGGCUGGAGAUUGUGAGAGUUGUAGAGGCCAGGACUGACUCUGACGCAUUCCGUUUUGCUCUUUGUGCCACAGGAAAAUGAGAGGUUGAAACAGGAGAUCGUUGAGAAGAGCAGCCACAUUGAGGAGCAGAACAAGAAGAUUGGUGAACUGAUUGACCGCAACCAACGGUGAGGGAGACUCUUGCUCACUUUUAAUGCUCUAUGAGAAACAGCUGGUAUUUCUGGCUGAAGCCUAAAGCUCAGGUGGCCUGGCUCAAUCCCCAGGCAACCCAAGGCUCCUGUCAGUCAAAGUGGACAGUACUGGGUUGGAUGGACAAAUAGAGGAAUACAGGAAUAUAGCCAGUGUGGGGUUCCAGUUAAGAGGGUCUGUCAGAGUAAGAUCUGGGAGACCAGGGUUCCAAUCCCCAUUCUGCCAUGAAGGUGACCUUGGGCCAGUCACUCUCUCCCAGCCUAACCUACCUCACAGGCUUGUGAAGAUAAAGAAGGGAGGAAAACUAUAUACCAGUAUUUGAGCUCCUUGGAGGAAAGAUGGAACAUAAAAUAAGAACUAUUAGGAUUCUGAUAUAAAGGAUAGAAGCUCUCCUAGGGUGGCUUUUGAAAAGUGAGAUCUACGUAUGAUACUGGCUUGAUUUCUUUUUUUACAUGAGAGGAUGGAAAGUAUCAAAUCAUGCAAACAUUCACGUGUGCAAAAAACAAUUCUUCCCCAGCUAUGUGGAGCAGAGCAACCUGAUAUUUGAGCAGAGCAACAGCUCAUUGCAGAGGACCAUGAAGCACACCCAGGCAAGGGUCCUACAUGCUGAACAGGAGAAGGUAAGCCCUGGCAGUGUGACAGCCACAACAGGAGGGCCAAGUGACUGAGGCUGUGGUGAGGGCAAGUGCUAUCCCAGGAUCCCGUCCUUGAGUUCACAAUCGCUAGUGCAGGUCACAAUUCCCCUUUGCCUGCAGGCCAGAAAGAAGUUACGUUUCUGAGCAGCAGCAGCAACAAAUUAGAACAAACGAUUGGCUAGGUAUACAUGCACAUACAGGUAAAAGAUUCAUAAGCUUCAGGUAAUCCUUUGAAAAGCACCUCAGGUUGGCAUGAUGUGAGCAAGCACAGUGAACGUCCCCCUCACUUCCUCCUAUGCAGCCAAGAAGAAGGGUGUGAGAGUUUCCACUUCUAGGUAACUGCUGCUUCCUCUGUUGUCUGGACUGAGAACAGCCAUUAAUAUUAAGUAGAAUUAGUUUCUGAAGUUAGCUUAUUGAAACAAACAUUUGAAGUUGGUGUGUUUGAUAUUAACCAUAGUUGAUGUUAGCGUUAGCUGCAGCUCGUAGUACCAGGGAACACAGCAAACCAUGGCUAGGCAUAAGUGUCAGGGUUCCUCGGCGCAUGAGAGGAGGAGAUGUAAGGGGAGAGGAUGCAAGUCCAGGUUUGCUGUGGCCUGUUCUUGCUUGGGCAUCUGCAUGCAAACCCCGCCAUUAAGGGAUCUUCCAUGCAUCUUACCCUGAGGCCGCUGGGAUUUUGAGUGAUAUAAUCAGCCCUUGGACCACAGAAUAAGCAGAGUGCUCUUAACCCAGAAUGCCAUUGCCUCUUUUGAUAAAACUUUCUCCCCUCUUGCUGUUCUUGCUUCUGGUGGUGUUAACUCUCCUCUCCUUGUCUCCGCUUUUCUCUCUAGCACAUGCCGCCACUGGAUCACUUGCAAUUCCCAGGAACAGCAUGCUGUCUCCAACAGUGGAGGGAGACCCUAGCCCUUGUGACUGCGGACUGUGGAUAGCUUUUCCUGCUCCAUUGCUAAAGCCAUCCAACUUGGUGGCCUUCAUUCCAUCUUGUGGGAGAGAGCUCUGCUGUGUGAAGAUGUCCUUUCUUUUGUCUGUCCUGAAUUUUCUGGGGAAAUCUUUUCUGCUCUCCAUUUUAUGCACCUUUGUCGUGCAUGCUUUCUCCUGAACUAACUAAAAAGCCCAAGGCUUCUGCCUCCCCCCGCUCCUCAUAGCCUUGCCAGUAGACCAGUUCUGCAAGGUGUUUCCUGGGAGACUCAUUCUUAGCAUUUGGGAGCCUCCAAAAACACAGCUCUUGCAUCCUCCCAGGAAAGGUCUUGUGGCUCUCCUUCCCCAUAUGUUCUUCUGUCUCUUCUGCUCCUUUGUGUUGCAGGUCAGAAUCAGCAAGAAGCUAGCGGAAGCCACAGCGCAGAUCACCCAGCUCCAGCUGGAGCUGGCCCGUCAUCAGAAGCAGGAGAUGAAUCUUCAUUCCCAACUGAAUGAAGCCCUGACAGAGUUGGAGAGGCAGAAAGCCCAGGUCAGCCGACUCAGUGCACAGCUGGCAGGUAAGGGAAGCUGAGAGGAGGCGCUGAAAUGGCAGAAGAGCACGAUCCAAGCACAUGCAGAGUAGUUUUAUCAUUCUAGGAAAUUCUUUAGCUUGCUGGUAGGGAGCCUGUGGCACUCAAAGUAUUACUGGCCUUCACCUCUCAUGAGCCCCAGGAAGCGUAGCCAGGGAUGAUGGGCGUUGGAGUCCAGCAACCUCUGGAGGUCCUGCUCCUUAGGGCCUCCUGCAGUGUAGCUGUUAAAAGCAGACACACAAUCUCCAAAAAGACUCUUCACUUUAAUUCCAUCUUUUUAAAAAAGGCAAGCUUCUGAUCUCUACAAACUUGAUUGAUUGUAUUUCUAUGCUGCUUUUUGUUGAAAUGAAUCUCCAGCUUACAAACAAUAAGUAACAUUAACAUAAUGUAACAUAAUAGAAAAUGGGUUUGUGCAUAUUCUGCACCUUCCUUGCCCUGCAUGCAAGAGCAGAGCGGUGUAAGAGUGAGAAGAAACAUGUGAUAUGUCUUUAAAGUUACACGGAGGCCCCAUCCACACUAUACAGCAUUAUCAUGCCACUGCAGUCAGGCCUGGCUUUCUCCCAAGGAAUCCUGGGAAGUGUGAUUUUUUUCAGCUGCCAAUACAGUGGUACCUCGAGUUACAGACGCUUCAGGUUACAGACGCUUCAGAUUACAGACUCCACUAACCCAGAAAUAGUACCUCGGGUUAAGAAUUUUGUUUCAGGAUGAGAACAGAAAUCGUGCUCCGGAGGCGUGGCAGCAGCAGCAGCAGCGGGAGGACCCAUUAGGUAAAGUGGUACCUUAGGUUAAGUUUCAGGUUAAGAACGGACCUCCAGAAUGAAAUAAGUACUUAACCCGAGGUACCACUGUAGUUGUGUAGAAGUGGAGAGCCCUGCUUAAGCAGCCAUUUCCAGCAUAGUUUAACAGUUUGGGAAUUGUAGCUGGGGGUUUGUGGCAGACUGGGGUUUCCCACCACCUCUCAGCUCCCUUAACAGAAUGUUCUCAGUUCCCAGAAUGUCUUGUGGGAAGCUGUGAGUGUUUGAAGCAUAUAGUGCAGAUGGCACUGUACUUAGGCUUAGCUACAGCAGUGGAUGGAAACAGGGACAUGCACUGUGGCACAGGCUUCGUCUGUCACUGGCUAUGUGCCCCACCUCCACAGAACUUGAGAAGUUGUCUGACGACAUGAAAAGCAGAUACCAGGAGGAGAACCUGAUUGGGAAGAAGUUGGAUGAGAAGGUGGUAGCCCUGGAAGAGGAGCUGGCUGAUCUCCAUGUUCAGAAGGAGAAUCUGGAGAAGGUAGUGCCCAGGGGUGGCAAAAGUCAUCACCCGAGGCCAGAAGUGGCUCCCUGGAAAACUCUCUCUGACCCUUAGGAUUCUCCCAGUGCCACCCCUCCCCCCAGCUUUGCACCCUUGACUGUUCUUUGCCUCCCUGGAAGAUGCCCUUGAACUCUGAUCAUGCGUCUUCUUUCAUUCUUAAAUGGAGGAUUGAAAGGGACAAGUGGGCAAAUUAACGUGUGUUGCUCCACUACCAUCAUCCCUCUUAUAUCAUCUGGGUUAUGACAUUGCCCUUGAAUCCCUGAGGCAAAGGCUUUGGGACAUCUCACAUAGGGACCUGCGAUCCCGAUCUUAUGUAAUUUGUAGCCUGGUCACAGCUGGAAUCCAAUAUGGGUAUGACUAUCAAAUAUCCUCAUGCCUUAGGAAUUUGUCUGUACCUACCUAUCGGCAUUUAUUUACCAAAGCCAGACUAAAUGUAUUUCCCUUGGAAGUUCUAAAUGACAGGCUGAGAGGCAUCCUCUAUCAGAAUAGGCUUUGUUUAUGUUCUGCAGACAUCGAUUGCAUGAACACACAAGGGACCAACUGAUCAAUCCCCUACUGGCAAAUUUUCCAGGAAAAUCUGAAGCCUCCCAUAUUAAAUACCUUUUGGAAGACAGGUCAAAUGAUAUUACACUGGCCGUGGCAAAGUUUCUUUUGAAGGUUGUAAGAAACAAAGAUCAUUAUGCCCUAGAUAAAACAAAAUGACUGCCUUGGUUUCUUCCAUCUGUCUGUCUGGUUGUUUUAACUGUAUCUAGUUUAGAAAUUGUUUUGUGGAUCUUUGGACCACAAUAAAGUAUUGAUAGAUAGAUAUCAUUAUGACACCACAGUGUACACUGUGCCUCAUUUCCAAAGGAAACACAGACUAAGUGCCUGGACCCCUGGAAUCUUGCACCGGUCAGAGAUUGGGGUGGCAUUUAGCCCCAUAUUACUAAUCAUGGGAGCGGCAAAGAGGGUGAAGCCCAGCUCUCUAGAAAUAACAGGUUGUAUCUAAGGUACUACAAAGUGAAAGUCGCUUAGCUGUGCCUGUGUGGCUGAGUAGGGAUUCAAACCCUGGUCUCCUGAGUCCUGGCUAGAGACCAGCCAUUACACUGUACUUUCAUCAGGGGCUGCAGUCUUUUUUGUGGCAAAUAAUCCCCCCUCCCCUCUACUUGUUCCAGACAACAACUCUGCAGCUGCUGGAGAGUCAGGAGGAGCAAAGGGAGCAGCAGCACCGAGGAGGAAGGACCUGCGGAAAGGAAGCAGCCAAGUGCCGCACCCCUUUAUGGGGAUCCCCACAGCAACUCUCUCCGAGAACCAGCACCAGUGGCAUCCCCCGCUCCUUUGGCUAAUCUGAAGGAAAGCUCAAGCAGUCCGCCAUUCACCGCUCUCGAAGGAGCCCAAGACAGUCUACUUUUUGCAGCUCCUGAGGCUCAUUCUUCGGAAGCACCGGUUGAACAAACUCGUGCAACCUCUGCUUAAACUGCAAGGCCGCCUCUCAGGCUCUCCGCCAGAAUUGAGAAGGAGAGGCCAAGCACUCAGGGUGAAAUGGACACAAUAGAAAUAAUUUUGAAAUAAUUUGAUUUUUUUUUUACUUGCAUUUUCAUUCUUUGGGUCUUUGGCUAAUGUUUUCUAAUUUGCAUCUAUUUCCUUUCUAAUUUGAUCGAAUUUUUCCUCUCUAAUUCUUUUUUGUAUCGCAUAUUGUUGUAUAUAAAAUCCUCUUAUGAAAGCUUUGCUUGCAUCCCAUUUCACUCUGAUGUAUGUUUCUUGUGCCAUGUUUAUUUGAAAAGAUUCCUUCAGAAGUUCUUGUGCUUUGUUCAUUAUCUUUUCAUUGUUUAAGAUUUUUUCGUUCAUUCUCCAUCUUCGGUUACGAAUGGGAUCUGUUCUGGAGCCUGGCCACAUCCCAAAAACUUUGUAACUGGAGACGCCCUUCUGUGCAUGCGCACAGCUCAAUUGAGCACUUCUGUGCAUGACCACGCAGUGAAACCCGGAAGUAUACACUUCCAGGUUUGCAACCCAAGGAUUACGUUACCCAAAGGUAACAGAACCCAAGGGUCAACUGUAUUUUUCUGUUGUUUCUUAACUCCAUCAUAAUUGAAUUAUGGUCUGUUAUUGAUUUAGGUUGUAUUUCUACCUUUUUGAUUUUCCAAAUUAAAUUGUUUGUUAUCCAAAUUCCAGCUAUUCUUCCUGCCUAUUGCUUGGCCUCAGAAUAAUUUGUGUAUUAUUUUUUCAUUUGGCUAUCUAUGUCUCCAUGCGUCUUUUAAAUUUAAAUUUUCUGCCGUUUGAAAAAAUGAAUAUGGUAAUGUCCCUUCUUUUGAUUUUUCCCCUCUCUCUGUUCUAAUUCUAUUGACGUAAUGCCUGAGAACCUGAGAUCCAGGCAUACCCCUGUCACGCAAAUAUAGUAUUUCACACUUACUCCCAUCCCAGUACAAAGGAAAGUAUUUACAGCUCCUUGGUCCCUGAGUCAAAUCAAAUACACCCCUCUGUCUUGUCCACCUUCAUCCCACUAUAGGAUGGAUAGGUACUGUGACUGAGGUGGUUGGAUAUCACUGGCCAUGACUCCUUGGGAAGGCCCUGCAGAUGUGUCUGUACAUCUCGGGGAUUCUGGUGGGCUCACUCACCCCUCUCCUUAUACCUCACUUCCCUGGGUCCUAAAUGCCAUUGGAACGGAGAAGAUUGAUACAAUGAGUGAUUUCCGAUGAAUUUCUAAAGUUUUCCCAUUGAGCCAGUGCAUAAAUACAUUUAUCAGUGAAUCGCUCCCAACCCCUUCUUUCCUGCUCCCAAGAGCUGGGACUCAUGAUUUUACAGCUUUUAAAUGGAAUUAUGUAUUGACAAGACACUUCCUUUUUCUGCCAUCUAUUAAUUCCAACUCUGGGGAGUCCAACUCUCCCUCCCACCCCACCCCCACACUUUUUCUAUGUCAUGCUGGAGGAAUAUGUUGACCCGACUGAUAUUUUGGGAAAUGGUUUCUCCAUUUACCCUCUAUACAAUUGGAGAACUCUCCAUUUAUAAUACUAAACUUGGCAUGAGGGUUCCCAGGGUGGGGCGGAAGACCUUAUUGCUGUUUGUAUGUUUGGUGCCAUUUUGAAUCAAGAUGGCAGACUGAAAUUUCAGUUUGGCAUGACUUUGCCCAUUUUGUGGCAUAUGUUCAGCCACAAGUAGAGAUAUGAUCGCUAGAUUCAGCUCAGGAGUGCUCAAGGUGUGUGUGGGGGGGGGGGUCUUCAUUUAUGUUUGGAUGUUGGGUGCCAUUGUGAAUCCUGGACAGUCCCUGUGUCUGUGAUAUUAGUGUGGGGGGUGUUAGAGGAGAGGUAGUACUUUGGUGGAGGACAUACCAUGCUCCUUCGGUGGUAGUUUGUUCUCAGCAAGCCAGCUAGCAAGAAAUCAUAUUGAUUAAGUGAAGUUAACUCUUUAUUAGAAGAAAAAAGGCCUGCUUGCUCCCUUCAUCAGAGCAAGGAGUUAGACGUGCUCUUGCGAGUGGGACAAGUCUGAGGCCUUCUUCUGACAUUAGAGCUGCUGAGGGAUAAAAAUAAUUACUCCCUCUGCAGUCCCAAACAUGGUUAGAAGCCCACAGCUUGCUUUAGUUCUGCACUUGUCAGGUGUGAACAGAGAGCCAAAACAAACCUCUAUCUUACCUUUCGGGCUCUGAGCUGGAGGAAGAUGAUGCAGGUGCAGAGACAGGGAAAGAUACCCACCCUUGCAUCUUUGUCCUUCAUCUUGCACCAUGUUCCAGUGGUGCAGUAGGCUUUUUGUAGCAAGGGCAUGUUCUGGUGACCACAAAUUUUGAAUUGGCUACCCAGGUUACACAAGCUUUACAAGCUUGUUAUAAGACAUUGUAGAAAAAUCAGCAAUGCUUCUGUUCACUGAUUCCUGGAACUUUCUUGAAAUGUAGGCUUCAGCUGCAAACAUUACUGGAGCAGUGUGUGGGAAUGAAAGGCACACCACAUGUUCAAUACAAUAAUCAACCUCAAGAGAUGAUCCCAGAGUUGGAUUAUUUUCUACAACAUGUCAUGUGUGUUUAGAGUAAGAUGCAUCACCAAACCUCUUAAAUCCCACAUUAUCUUUGCAUUCAGGUACCUCAAAGCGACUUACACAGUAAACCAACUGAGGGUGUGAACACACUACAUUGUCAAAGCACAAUUACCACAAAGCCCCUUACCACAAAAACCUUUUAAAUCCCACAUUAUUGGCUACAGCAGCUCAGUUUCCUCUUCAGCUAUUUGUCCGAUCUAACCAACAUAUGUUAGGAUUUGAAUGAGUACAAAGAAUUUGAAUCUACUGUUUUUGGUAACAGUGAUAUCAUCCCCACAAAAACGGACUGGCAAGCAAAAAUGAUAGAAGAUCUACAACUUGCCAGAACAACAGGGAGAAUAUGAGGAAAUUCAAUACCAAAAGUUAAUCAAGAUCGGAUAACAUUUAAGGAAGAUCUUAAAAAUUAGUGACGACGUUAAUCUCCUGACAGACCUAGAAUGAAUCUUGGAAUAUCGAGAAUGUACAUAGUAAAAGUUUAUGGAUAUUAACGAGAACGCUAAAUAAGAAGAAAGCAAUGUGUUUUGCCAGACAAAGUGUAAAUAGCACAAUGAGAAGAAUCGGAAGUUAGCUACCUGCGCCUUCCUCGCCUUCGCCUCCUUCCCUCGAUCUCCUCAGACGCGUGCCUUCUUCGCCCGGCGAGCGGAGGCGCCACCUCAUUGGCCAGCCUCGAGCGAGCGUCACCCGCCCUCCCGCCUCCCUCUCCCAGAAUCCAGCUUCCCAUUGGUCCAGCCGUGUCCCUCUCCCUUUCCGUCAAACUUAAGAGUCCCGCCGCCAAAUUCGCGGCUGCGGCAGCAGCUGAUUGCUCGUGUUGCCCUGGACGCGUUUCUUCCCUCCGCGUGCAAGUUUGGCCCGUUUGGGGACCGCGAAUGCCGCCGGCCGCUUUGGUUUGCUAGUUUCGCUUCCGCAGCCCAGCGCUUGCGCCAUGGCCGAGAAGUUGCAGCCGCGCACUUUGCGGCUCUCGCCUCCCGGCUUGGGCUUAGCCGAGGGGCGCGGGGAGCGAGGGGCCGUCAGGAUGUUGGGGGACAUGGAUGAAGAAGACGAGGCCUUCCAGCUUCCGACGGGAGGGUGAGAAUGCGGCGCCUCUCUGCGUGGGGGGAGAUGCGGGGUGUGCGAGUGUCUUUGGGUCCGCGUGAGGGGGCGGGGCUGUGUGAGGGGACUAGAGCUGUAUGUGGGGCUGCGGCUGCAUGUGGGGCUGGGGCUGCAUGUGGGGCUGGGGUGAGUGUGGGCUGCGACCGUAUGUGGUUCUGGGGCUGUAUGUGGGGCUGGGGCAGUAUGUGGUUCUGGGGUUGCAUGUGGUUCUGUGGCUGUAUGUGGGGCUGCGGCUGCAUGUGGGGCUGGGGUGGGUGGGUGCAGGCAUGCGAAGGGUGAUUCCGAGCACAUGCAGAGGGGUUUGUCUGCAAAUACGUGCUGUUAGGCGCUACAAUCCAGAGGGCCAAAGGAACCCCACACCUUUUGUAGAGUGAGGGAAUACAUUAUGUUUUAGUAGUGGUUUGGGACUAGGAAGUUCGGCCCAAGGGUAAAUGGGGAAAGGAGCAUUAUUAUUAAAAAGCAAGACUUAUUUGGGGGUAGACUCCACUGAAUUCAACUGAACUUCCCCAUGAAUGUACAUAGGGUUGAUUUGCAUACAAAUGCCUGUUGCCUCUGCUGUGGUGAAAUAUUUUCCCUUUUCCUAAUUCUAGCUUUCUGUUUCCACUUCUUCUGUGCUGAUGUUACACUGAGAGAGAGUCACAAAGUGAGCUUCAUCUCCAAGUGAGGGUCUGCACCCUGAUCUCCCAGGUCACAAUUUGGCAUUCUAACUCCUGCCCUAAAGUGGGUGCCAGUAACAGGACUGAAUGGAGGUGUUUUGUGGUCUUAUAUUCCUUUUACAAAAGGAACCCUAAGAAAGAUUUCUAGUGCCCUUUACACUGUGACAUUUUAGGUGUUCAAAAUAAGGGCACUGCACUGCUGCUUUUGGCAACACUGGCAGUGAGCAAAGGUCAGAGUGACAUAUAGCCAGUGGAAGUUGUAGUUUUUGGAGUUGAGAAAUUUAUGGAGAACUGCAGGUGCCCCCCCAUAUUCAAAAUAUAGUCCGGCCUCCCCAAGGUCUGAGGGACAGUGGACUGCCCCCCUCCUUAAAAAGUUUGCUGACCCCUGAUCUAUGUCUUCCCAGAAUGUCACUCUCCCCAGAAGGAGAAGCCAAGCUCACAAUCUCUGUUCCGCUCGCUUAUUUUGGGAGCCCCUCAAACAUGCAUGUUGCCACUUGUGGUUUUUCUCUAGCUGGAAUCCUAGAAGAACUGCUUAGAGAUGAUAUGGGAUAGAUUUUCAUAUCUCUCACAAGGUCAUGCAGCCAUUCCAGAGGAUUGCUGUUGUGCAAACGCAGAAUUGCCUUUGGAAACCUUAGCUGUUUAAUUCACCCCCCACUGCCCACGCCUUACUUUGCUGAUGCUUCAGGAUGGAAAAGAGAGGGAGGAGUGAUGAUACUGAAAACAGCAGCCAACAUUGAAUGGGUGGGAGCUGGAGAACCGACUGGGGCACUUGAACCCACGGCGAACAGAGUACCUUUGGCAGGCAGUCCACGGGUUUGUUUCAUCGGGACCAUCUGUUUGGGGUGCUGUCAGGCAUUUAAAAUGGGCACUUCACCCCUUGGUAUAGCAUGAAGUUUGGGGCUAAGUCUGGAAAUUUAAUGUUUGAAGAUACUUGGUCUUAGUGUUUGUUUGUUUGUUUUAAUCUGCAAGUUUCUAGCUCUCAGGAGUGCAGGGAUGUGGGCUAGGAUGUGGGGUGACUGGUAAGUUUCAGCUCCCAGAACAACCCUGAGAUGAGAUACUUCUGAAUGUCUGUAGGAAAAACCACUUAUAUUCAGCCAGGUUUAUUCCCUCUCCCCACCUUCCUGACAGUGAAUUGUACCGUGUGGGGAAGGGUAAACCACAAGGGCAGGGCUUGUAUCUUUUCAAUAAUGGAUUCCUUUACAAUUUUAUUUUUGUUUACAGUGGUACCUUGGUUCUGAAACUUAAUCAGUUCCGGACGUCUGUUCCAAAACCAAAGUGUUCCAAAACCAAGGUGUGCUUUCCCAUAACUAGACUAUUAAAAACUGGCAGUGAUUUACCCAUUGCCAUUGGAGGGACGAGGGUGAGUGAUGGGGGAGUUCCAGCGGGGGAGGGGGGAUGGAAAGGAAGGCAACUAUUCUGGACAACAGCCACACGAGAAAUAUGUAAAAUAACUAAGCAAGUAUUAGACAUCACCCCAGAAUUGGCCCUACUAAACAUCUUCCAAGAAAGCAAUGCCCAUUUACACCACAAAGAACUCUUAACCCACCUAUUUUCAGCAGCCAGAAACACCAUAACCAGACACUGGAGAGACCUGUCACGAGUAGGCAUGGACCAAUGGUACCAAAUAGUAUGGGAAACAGCCCUACUAGAAAAAAUAACCAUUAAACUGAAACUGACACGGGGACAAACAGAAGAAGAUACCUUUACCCCGGUAUGGCUCCCCUUUAUCACGUACACAGCCCAACAAGACAAUGACAAUAAUCCACCAACAGCAUAUAAAUCAAUGUGGCUAACCUGAUCUAAAACACCCAUCCACCCCACUCACACAUAAAAACAAAGAUCACCACAGCCAAUCACAAAUAAACAACCACAUCCUAAGCCAACCCCAACCUCUCUCACCACCAAAGGAACACAAGUGAACAGCACAAGCAACGCUGACACCAAACCCUACAUACAUUAAGCAUAAUAGAAACAUCGCCACCUGACCACACCCCUACCCAUCUUCCCCCCUCCACCCUUUUUUCUUUCCCCCUAAUGUCUCAACAAAUGAAAUGGAUUUGUAAAAAUGUUACAUGGGAAAAAUACGAGAGACAUUACACAUACUUCUGUAAAACAAGAAAACUUCUGUAAAACAAGAAAAUCUUUAAUUAAAAUAAAUAAAUAAAAAUAAGGGAAGCCCAGGUCAGGCAACAAGCGAGAGAGCACUCAAAACGAGCACUCAAAACGAAAAUGCCCCCCCCCAAACGAAGUACGUUCAGAUUCCAAAAAAGAUUUGAAAACCUGAACACUUAUAUCUGGGUUUGAAGUGUUCGGGUUCCAAGUAGUUUGUGAACUAAGCUGUUCAAAAACCAAGGUACCACUGUACUAGGUUCUAUAAGAGCUUGGGUGCAAUAAUUGGGCAACAGCCUUUUCAGUUUUAGGGACUUUGUAGUUUAGACAAAAAGCAAGUAAGAGAUAAUAUGAUAGAAGUUUAUCAAAUUAGGCAUGGCAUGGAGAAAGUGGAUAGGGAACAAUUUCUCUCCCUCUUGUGAACAUCCGAUGAAGCUGAAUGUUGGAAGACCUUCAGGAAAAGCAAAAGAAAGUACUUUCUCACAUCAUGCACAGUUAAACUACAGAACUCUCCCGCAGGAGGCAGGAAUGGCCACCAACUUGGGUGACUUUAAAAGAGGAUUAGAAAAAUUCAGGGAGGAGAAGGCUAGCGAUGUUUAGUCACCGUGGCUGUGCUCACCAAGUUGGUGGCAGCAGGGCUUCUGAACAACUGUUGCUGGAAGCCACAGGAGGGGAGAGGCCUCUUGUGCUUGGGUUCUGUUGGCUACUGUAAGAACAGAAUGCUGGACUUGCUGGGCCUUUGGCCAGAUCCUGCAGGCUUUUCUUUUGUUCUUAAGAGAGGUUAUAGAAACUAAUAGGAAAAGGAAGGGAUUGUCUCCAACUAAGUUCUGCUUAGAGAAGACUCACAAUGUGUCUACUCCUUUAGGUAAAGGGUAAAGGGGCCCCUGACCAUUAGGUCCAGUCGUGACCGACUCUGGGGUUGCGGCGCUCAUCUCGCUUUAUUGGCUGAGGGAGCCGGCGUACAGGUUCCGGGUCAUGUGGCCAGCAUCCUAAUCACUGACAGGAUUCUAGUUUUUGAAUCCAUUACCCUCUGGUCUUUGGGGAAGGCUGCAACAAAAUCGCCAAACUGCAGUGAAACAUGAGCAUCUGUGAAUGAAGUGAAUGGUUACUUUUCUCUCUGCCCAGGACCAGGCUGGCCUCUCUCUUUGGACAGGAUCAGACAGCUACAGAAUCUGGAAAUGUGCUCUUCCAAUACAGACCAUCCAAGCGGGCCAAAAUUAGUCAUCCAGCUACCGGUAAGUAAACUGUUCACAAUGCCUAGGAACAUAAGAUGAGCCCUUGUGGACCAGGCCAGGGGCCCAUCUAGUCCAACCUUUGGUUCUGAAGCCCCACAGAAUCAACUGGGUUGGUCAACUCCCGAGUAGUGCUGGGGAGAGACCCCUGACCUGGGGCCCCAGAAAGGUGCUGGUGGUCUGUAUUCACCACAUUGAGGAAGAUGGACCCAGUGGUUUGACGCCAUACAAGGCAACUUCCUGUUUUUCAUUAAUCUGAGCAACUGGCUUGGUCCCAAGACAAGGGAGCUAACUUGGCAUGAUGUUUGCAAGCAAUGCUCUGUUUGUAACAGAGCACUUACCCUUCUCAUGUGCUGCUCCAGCUGCAGGUCUGUCUACCCAGAAGCAUCCUCCUGCAGCUGCUCCUGCAGCCGCAGCUGCUCCUGCGCCCACUGCAGCAGUGCAGUCAGUUUUCUUCGCUACAGUUGUUCAUGCAUAUUUGUUGUGAGUACUACAGUAGAGGGGAUGAGCUGCAGUGUGUUCUUGCUACCCAAAUCCUGUGCUCACAUCUUUUGCAAUCAUCUCUCCAUCUUGCCUGGCUUGUUCAGAAAGAGGUGGAAUUGAACAACAGUGGGGGGUGGUCAAUUGGGGCGAAUGGGGCACCGCCAACUCAACCUCAGCCUGCCCUCACCCUGUUUUGUUUUUUUUACUUCCAGCCAAUCAGGCUGUGGAUAUCAUUGACUCUGGCUCGAUGUGCUGUUGAUUUCCUUGCCUUAUGCUACACCAGUGAAAGCAGGUCCAGUAGGAAGGUACCCCCUCAUUCUGCCCUCAGCUGGCUCCCACCUGCCUGCCUUCUUACGUCCAACCGAUCCAGAGGGCAGGACUUCCUGUCAGCUUCCUCUUCCCCCUCAGUCUCCAUCCUGCCAUGGUAUAACACAGCAAGGAGGAGGAUGGGGACAGCCCUAGACUUAGCUGGCCCUUCUUGUCGCUCUGGUGCCACCUAUAGUUGGGCUCGCUGCAUUCACCCCAAUGAGGUACCAGCCAACACUGAACUGAAAUGAGGAUAGAGACCUCCUGGGAUGGGGAGCUUGUGGGCUGAUAAAAUGUUGCUGGGCUGCUACCGCUCACCCCCCACAUCGCCACUCUCCGCUGGCCAGAUGGCCUGGGCUGAUGGGAGUCAAACAACCCUUGGGAAGUCUUUGUAAAGAGCCGCUUAAUAUAACCCAUGGGGUUGGCAUGGUGGCAACAAUUGUGGGAAGCUAAGAGGUGUUCUCUUCUCAUUCCAGUACCAAUGGGAAAUAUGUGAAACAUGGCAAGUAUGGAGCAGCUGUAGUGGGCAGCAAUGCAACCAAGGAGGUAAGAGGAGGAGGUGUGGUGUCUUGAAGUAGCCUGGCUUUCUGCCAACCUGCUGUCCUCCAGAUGUUUGGGACUACAGCUGCUGUUGGUCCUAAACAUCUGGAGGAUACCGGGUUGAUGUAGGUUGGGCUGAGGAAAUGCUUCCCUUUCUCUGAAUCCUGGUUUCCUGAUGAUGUCUUACUCUGGAAAAAGCAAAGGUGCUGUUUUGGCUCCUGUCUCUUUCUGCCCAAUCAGCUCACAAGGGUUAUAGCUCCCAUUUUUCUUAUUCUGACCUAACUUCUCUACAAAAAGUAUUCUCAGCAGGGAAGGGGCUGUUGCUCCCAAAUACAAUCGCUAGCUCCUCUGGGUAGGGCUGGGGACACUGCUGCCAGUCAGAGUAGGCAGUCCUGAGCUAGAGAGACUAGUGGUUUGAUUCAGUCCAAGGCAGCUCCCUGUGCUCUUAUGUGCUCUAGAACCAUGUGGACUAGCAUCUUGCAAAAGAAGGGCCUAGGGGAUAUUGUGUGCGGAGUGGAUAGAGGGAGGUGAGAAAGUAACUUUGUCGUGGCUUGAAAAACCAAUAAACGUUCCCACCACACUCAAAAAAGGAAGGGGGUUUCAGCAGCUUAUGUUGGAAAAGGGAUUCAGUUUUUCCAGCCUCUGUCCUUUUCAGCCCAGUCAGGUAGCUCUUCAGUGGUUUGUUCUGCCCCACUUUGCUAUGAAAGGAUUCACAGGUGUUUUACAAGCAAUGGAUAAAAUAUGUCAGGAAACAUACGCGUUUAUUCCAGGAAGGCUCUGGUAUGAUUGCCUUGUCCCACUCCCCUGCUGCAGAUGAGGGUGGUGGGGACAGGAUAAAACACUGGGCUGUCAUUCUCGUUUAGCUGAUUGGGCGGAAAAGGACAGAUCUCACCCCUUGGUUUCUGCAGGUGUAGGGAGCCUUUGGUCCUCCAGAUGUCGCUGAACGACAGCUCCCAUCAUCCCUCUCCACUGGCCAUGCUGGCAAGAGCCAAUGGGUGUUGUAGCUCAGCACCAAAGGCUCCCCACGCCUGCUCCAUUGUAACAAAGUCAUUCCACAUGUAAUUAAGCCAGGCACCUGCAACCAAAGCAAUUCCUAUGAUGAACACCUCUGAUGUAUUUGUAUGUUAAUGUGUCAUUUGGGUGUUGGGGUGCUGUGGAAAUGCCACCUGGUAUAAGAAGAGCUCCAGGUGCUUUUGAAAACAGCCAGCCCCGUAGUUUUUGAUUCCUCACUUUUGCUCCUGUUUUCUUCUGUCCUUCCGUCUCUUGUGGAAUCCAGUACGGAGUGCUUCUUUAUAUCAGCCUGCUGCAGCAGAUUGCGACCGCCAGGAUUGAUGCAUGGUUUGUAUUCACGGUAAGCUUUGACGUUAAGACCUGCAAGGACCAUGGCAUAGGCUGAAGCUAAGCAGAAUUCUUUGGUGGUAUGAUAUUGCUUGAAAUGCACGUUGCAUAUGAGGUCUCAGCUGUGGUCAAUAAAUUUCAGGUGGUCUGCUUUGAGUAGGGAUAAUGCUUGUUGCAACCCAUUAGAUUUGAGUAGUGUUAGAUCCAAGGGGCCCCUCUAUGGUUAAAACGCUUACCUAGAGGUAACAAAGUAAAGUAGAUGACAUUCUGCCCUCUGUCCUACUGUAGCUAACAUCCCUUGGGGUAGCCCUCCACCCUGAAGUCCUGUAGCAUUUUUCCAUGUCUAAACAUGACACACUACAGACGUUGAUGUUUGUGUGUGUGUGCUCAGAGUAGACUCACUGAAAUUAAUGCACCAAAGUUCAUCAUGUCCAUCAAUUUUCAUGGAUCUGCUCUGAGUAGGGCUAACAUUGGGACACAACCCAAGGUCUUUAGCAAGACCCAUCAUUAAGAAAGUUGUUUUGAGAAGAGGCUGUCUGCUGCUCAGAAUUCCACUUUCUCUUUUCUCUUUCUGCAGGUGCAUCCCAACAACUACUGCACAUUUUAUGAUGAUCAGAGGCAGAUUUGGUCCAUCAUGUUUGAAUCAGAAAUGGCAGCUGUGGACUUCAGCAAGCAGGUGCCAGAGGCGUGCACUGCAUUGUGGGGUGGGGGGUGGCUCUCCUGCAGACACUGAACUAGUGUUCGCGGGAGGUCAGCUCUCUUGCAUCAGUCGCCAGAUGCUUUCUCUGCCAACCACUAAGAAGCAUCCAGGGAGGGCAAGGAAUGGUGGUGUAGCCAGUUGGGGCCUUUUCAGGCCCCUGGGGUCUUCAGCCAGUGCUGCGUUGGGCCAGAUUGCAUAGGUGCGGAUGACAAUGGUAGCUAAUGACACAAAUGGCUUGGUUCUUCCUCUUUGCAGCUGUGCAUUGCCAAGUAUAACAGCAGCCGUUCUCCUGACUCAGUGCUGUGCCAGGAUCUUGUUCUCGGAGACGGCCAAGGUGUGGCGACUGGAGAUGUCCUGGAGAUCACUUUUACAGGCUGGCUGUUCCAGAACGGUAGUCUUGGGCAGGUGAGACCUGGCAGAGGGGGUGUCUGGGGAUGAUGGGGGUUGAAGUCUCUAGCAGCACUGCAUGGCCACAGCUUUCCCACUCCUGGUUUAUAGAUUGCAUACAGCCCUUUUCUCCCACAACCCCAUCCUUUUGCCUUUCAAUAACAUUGCAAGGAAAUGAAACAGGAGAGGGACUUGAUGAGACUCACCCAGCUUGCUUCACAGCUCAAUGUGCAUUUGACCCCAACCCCAAUGAGCUCUAGCCAGUGCUUUUCCAUGGGGCUUGCAUUGGUUGCUCUCCAGAGGUGGGGCCUUGCCCAGCCUUGCCGCCCUUUCUCAACUGGGGAUGCCAGGGAGGGAACCCAGGACCUUCUUCCUGGGAAGCACAUGCUCUUAGGCCCUGAGCUUCACCUGUCUCCAAGGUGUAGAUCUUAUUUCUCAACCUCAUUUUACCCAAUCUGUAACAUGGGAGGCACCGCUAGGUAGAGGAUUCAACAUGGAAAGCUGCCUUGCACUGCAUCAGGCCACAGGUCUAGGUUGGCAUCGCCCACAUUGACUGGCAAUAGCUCUCCAGGCUUUCAAGCAAAAGCCUUUCCCUGACCUUACUUGGAGAUGCCAGGGUUGAACCUGGAACCUUUUGCCUGCAAAACAGGUGCUGUGUCCCUGAGCUGUGCCCCGUCCUUCGAUACUCAUUGCUGUUGGCUCAGCAACUGGAGUAGCGGAAUGUGAACCUAUUAUCUUCUGCAUUAAAAGUAAUUUCACCCCAUCGACCUUCCCUUUUGGAACAGGUUUUCGACUCAAAUAUAAACACCACAAAGUUGCUGCGUGUGAAGCUAGGCUCUGGUAAAAUCAUCAAGGUAAGAUGGCGCUAUCUUCCCACUGCAGUGCAAGGUCCCAGUUAGGGAUUCUUGCCUCCAGUUCCACAUCUAAGCAGAGUUCAGCACCCGGGCUAUGUGGAAGGCUGAAUGACAGUGAUGUUUUUUGAGCUCAAACCCUGAUCAAAUGGCUUCCUCAAGAACGGCAGGCAGGUAGCUGUCCUAGCUUGUCUUACACCUGCCAUGAUCUGCUGGAGUGGGAGGCCCAAACAGGGUCCCUUGAUCCCUGCAAAAUUCCUGAUCCUGCCCUACUGGUCAGUCAGGCUUGCCCUUUCUUUACAGGAGGGGUGGGGAACCUCAGGCCCAGCAGGGACUGAAACUGGCCCUCAGGAUUCACCCCAGGCCAUGCCCCUUGCCAAGCCUGCUCUGUGGCCUGGACCAAAACAGUCCUGGACCUCCAGUGCUGCCUUUUGCUGUCCUGGAUGAGAGACAGAGGGGGGAGUGUGAGUUGGUUUCUAAAGUAGCCUAUUGCACAAAGGUAAAAAUUACAUUUGUUGCCCCUCCCACUUUCCCCUCUAGCCCCGCCCACUCCUGGCAUGCUCCUCCCCACCAAGAAGGUUGCCCCAGAGGGAAUGGUUUUCAUCCCUGCUUUAAACUACAGUACUGUCCUCAAGAGUGCAAGAGAAGUGUCAUUAUUCCUGUGCCCUGCUCUCGACCAGCCUUUACCAACCUGACAAACAUACACACAGAUGCUGUUGGCCCUUAGCGAAGGCGGUCACCCAAAUUUGUUUUCUGCUUGGUUCUCCAUUUCUGGAACUUGAAGGGCUGGGAAGAUGGAAUGAUUGGCAUGAAGAGAGGAGGGAGGCGGUUCCUCCUCAUCCCGCCAGCAUUGGCUUACAGGCCUUUGGCAGAAGCUGAACGCAUUCCUCCGGACUCAACUCUGGCCUUUGAGGUGGAAGUCAAACGGGUGAGUGUGUCUUCCUCCCAACAUGUUAGCGACCAAGAGAACCUCAGAAGGUUGUUGGGUGGUCAGUCUACCGCCUGGAUGAGUUUCUACAAAUGGAGGCAGUGGUUGCCUUGACCAGACUCCAUGAUGCCCCUCUUUUGCUCCCUUAGGUGUGGUUUGCAAAGGGCGCUGACUCCGCCGGACAGAACCUGGGCCCCAGGGACUCCCUCACACCUUCACCAGCGCCACAAUCAGAAAGCCCCGCUACAGACCCAGCAUGGCUGACGACUCCUACUCCCGCUCCAAAGCCAGGGUGAGAAAUAAAUUGAGGGUGCCCUUAGCUUUUAAGCCUUCCAUUCUCCCAGUUGUCGCAUCCUAACUCUGCAGUAAAUAUGUUGCCACCUCUGUGUUUGAGGCUUUUGGCCUUCACCUCAGCUGCAUAACUCAGACCCCAUCUGCACUGUACCACCUUGAGAUCUACGGAUGAAAUCCGGUAUACAAAUUCAAUAAAUCAUAGUAAAUCAUACGUUCCAAAUAGCGCCAUGCCACUUUCAACAGCCGUGGCUUCUUCCAAAGAAUCCUGAGGGCCACCUUGUCUCAUAGGCAACCUGGCAGGGGCCACAUUCCAGGGCUGGGCUGGGGCUCCAGUGGACAGAGCAACAGAUGCUGCUCCUGCCUUCUGUGCAGCCAGAAAAUACACCAUGUGGGGCUUCUUUCUGCACACACCUCUCCCUGUCCAGGGAAGCAAGGUGCACUGUCACAGUUCAAGGACACAUUCCAGCCAGGCUAAAGCUCCCUUGGGGAGGUCAUGAGGUGGGGUUGGUGAGGGGCUUGGCCGAGGCAGAGUCCCAAAGGUCAGUUGAGUAUCCUACCCCUUAAUAGACUCUUCCUACUAUGCUCAGGUUUGUUAACUUCCUUCCUUCCAUACUGCAGGGAGCCAGCUGUGCGUGCCAAAUCAAGCUCUAUUAGCGAACAACUAACGGUAAGUCCCCAUUGGAGCCAAAUCUGCCUAUUGAUUGUAUUGUUCCUGUUGAAUGUGACCAAAGCAAUGAGAAGUAACUUGGUCCUCUCAUAGAGAGAGGGAUCCUUAUUGGAAGUGGCUCCCUGGAAAACUCUCUCUGACCCUUAGGAUUCUCCCAGUGCCACACCCCUCUCCUUCCCCCCCAGCUUUGCACCCUUGACUGUUCUUUGCCUCCCUGGAAGAUGAUGAUGAUGAUAAUAAUAAUAAUAAUGAUAAUGAUGAUGAAAUAAUUUAUACCCCACCCAUCUGGCUGGGCUUCUUUCAUUCUUAAAUGGAGGAUUGAAAGGGACAAGUGGGGAAAUUAACGUAUGUUGCUCCACCUACUUUUACUCUUGGCAGGCGGCCCCCAAGAGGUCAGUCGGUGGAGGCUAGUCUAUUAGGCAAACAGGGCACUGCCCUCAUCCAGCCACCACUUGCUUGCCUUCUUCCUUACAGCCAAUCAGGAUGUGGCUCUGCCUGUCAUUGGGCUCCUUUUCUUCUGCCCCACCCACCUCAAUGGGCAGGAGCCACCUGUCCUUGGAACACCUCUGCUGACUCUGCUGGGUUCUCAUGUCUGCCACAGGCCUCUCUGCUUACUGUUUAUUACAAGGGCUCCUGAACUGUGGUCUGCGGACCGCCACUUAGUUAAUGCUGGUUUUCUUCUAGCUUUCCCUGCUUAAAACCACAAGAAGCUCAGAGAACGAGAAGCUGUCACCACAGCAGGAACAGCCAGAGCCUGUGAAAGGCAAUAUUGGUGGGGCUCCCUUAAAACGUCUUGAUGGAGGGUCUGCGGUUCUAACGUGUCCCACAGGCUUGUUACACAUCUGUGCUGUGAGCCAGUGUGAUGCUGUGCAGUAAUGCAGAGACUGAACUGCUUGAUGCAAAUAUAUAGAGAGCUUAGCGUUAGCUGAAAAAGCAACUCAUAAAUUACAUGUUGUCAAAGGCUGGAGGACCCUGAAAAAUUCUAUGCAGGCAGCUGGGUGGGAUUUUACCUUGUAUACAAUCUGUAGAGACACUGGACUCCCUGUCCAUAGUACAGUGUGAAAUGUGGCUUGCCUAAUUAGUCCCAAAUUUUUGGAAGGGCACCAGGUUGGCAGAGGCAACAGCAGUUAACAACAGUUUAAAACAGUUUACAGUCUCACAAAUAAGGUAUCUCCUAAAAAUACACACAGAUGUGUUCCUCUCUCUGUAACAAACCGUGAAGUGCUCUUGAAAUAAGAAGUGUUAAGGAAAGUGGCGGGGGUGGGGGACAAGCAGUGGAGAGAAAUCUUAAUCACAUUCAGCAAAAGCAGUGGCAAUCCACACUUCUGUAACUUCAAUCAGGAGUUGUUACCUGUUAGUCUGAACAGCACAAUUCAAUGUCAUCCAUCGCUUGGCACAUGGAUGCUAUCCAGAUAAUGUAUGUUGGUUGUAAAAUAAAUGAAUAUUGCUGGUGUUGCUUCCCUGCCUUCUGACUCUUUGGCAACAUCCUGCCCCAGGUGAAGAAGAUCAUCAACGAGGUCUUCCAGUCCCUGCGGGGCCAGUUCAACUUGGAGGAGUCCUAUACCGGCCAGGAGGUCCUGGGUAUCGUCCUGAACGCCAUCAAGGUACAGCCCAGGGCAGAGAGAUCCUGACACCUGAAUAAGAUGCAGAUUGAGUGAACUGAUCUAUCAUUUCUCUUCCUUUUUGUAUGGUUCCAAAUGUCAUGACUUUGGGUGCCAGAGUUUUGGGUGCAAGAUGCCCAUAACUACUGGGUUUAGUAAGUGUUAGAAUUUAAUCACUGCUUGGAAAGUGAAACUGAAAGUCUUUUUUUUUUUUUUUAAAUAAUAUUUAUUAAAGUUUCAAAGGGGAAAAAAAUCACAUUAGUAAAAAAAUUAACAAUGAAAAGGAAAAAUACAAAGUAGAAAAAAAGAAAAAACAGUUAAAAACAAUUCCAUCUUUUCCUCACUUCUUUUACGUUUACUUGUUUCCCGGACCUCCUCAUACCUCCCUCUUUUGUUUUUGUUUUUUUAAUGAUAUUUAUUAAGGUUUCCAAUAAAAAGAACACAUCAAUAAAAAAUUAAAAACAACAAAAAGAAAAGAAAUACACAAUUCAAAAAUGCACAAUACAUAAUCCAAAAAAAAAAACAAAAGACAAAAGACAAAAAAGAAAACAGUUAAAAACAAUACCACCUUUUCAUCUCCAUUUUUAAAUUUACUUAUUUUCUGGACCUCCUCAUACCUCCCUCUUUUGUAUUCCAGUUCAAAUUGUUUGUCCAGCAAUUUCUUUCCCUCUUUUUUAAUCCCAAUCUUUAAUCUUAAUAUAAAAUAACAUUAAAUUUUACCUCUUAAAAACCAAAUUUCCAUUUCCUUUAACUUUUUAAAUCCUAAUCCUUAAUCUUGAUCUAUAUAUAACUUUAAAUCCUGUACAGCUGGAAGCCACUUAUUUUCAAUCCAACAUCACUCUAACAUUCUUUAAUUUUGCAAUGUUUCUGCAAAUAGUCUUUGAAUUUCUUCCAGUCUUCCUCCACCGACUCUUCUCCCUGGUCACGGAUUCUGCCAGUCAUUUCCGCCAGUUCCAUAUAGUCCAUCAGUUUCAUCUGCCAUUCCUCCAGUGUGGGUAGCUCUUGUGUCUUCCAAUACUUUGCGAUGAGUAUUCUUGCUGCUGUUGUUGCGUACAUAAAGAAAGUUCUAUCCUUUUUUAACACCGUUUGGCCGACUAUGCCCAGGAGAAAGGCCUCUGGUUUCUUAAGAAAGGUAUAUUUAAAUACCUUUUUUAGUUCAUUAUAUAUCAUUUCCCAGAAAGCCUUAAUCUUUGGGCACGUCCACCAAAGGUGAAAAAAUGUACCUUCAGUUUCUUUACAUUUCCAACAUUUAUUAUCGGGCAAAUGAUAGAUUUUUGCAAGCUUGACUGGAGUUAUGUACCACCUAUAUAUCAUUUUCAUAAUAUUCUCUCUUAGGGCAUUACAUGCCGUAAAUUUCAUACCUGUGGUCCAUAACUGUUCCCAGUCAGCGAACAUAAUGUUGUGUCCAACGUCUUGUGCCCAUUUAAUCAUAGCAGAUUUUACCGUUUCAUCCUGAGUGUUCCAUUUCAGCAGCAAAUUAUACAUUCUUGACAAAUUCUUAGUUUUGGGUUCUAACAGUUCUGUUUCUAAUUUUGAUUUUUCCACCUGGAAGCCAAUUUUCUUGUCCAAUUUAAAUGCCUCCAUUAUCUGAAAAUAAUGAAGCCAGUCUCGCACUUUGUUUUUUAGUUUUUCAAAACUCUGCAAUUUCAGUCUAUCUCCAUCUUGUUCCAAAAUUUCCCAAUAUUUCGGCCAUUUGACCUCCAUAUUGAGCUUUUUCAAGGCUUUCGCUUCCAUUGGUGACAGCCACCUUGGAGUUGUUUUCUAAUAGAUCCUUAUAUCUUAUCCAAACAUUAAACAGCGCUUUCCUGACAAUAUGAUUUUUAAAUGCUUUAUGUGCUUUGACCUUUUCAUACCACAAAUAUGCAUGCCAUCCAAAUACAUUGUUAAAACCUUCUAGGUCCAAAAUGUCAGUGUUUUCAAGAAGCAGCCAUUCUUUCAACCAGCAAAAAGCUGCUGAUUCAUAAUAAAGUUUGAGGUCUGGCAGGGCAAAUCCACCUCUUUCCUUUGCGUCCGUUAAUAUUUUAAAUUUUAUUCUGGGCUUCUUGCCCUGCCAGACAAAUCUAGAAAUAUCUUUCUGCCACCUCUUGAAACAAUCCAUUUUGUCCACAAUUUGCAAAGUUUGAAACAAAAACAGCAUUCUAGGCAAUACAUUCAUUUUUAUCGCAGCUAUACGGCCCAGCAGUGAAAGCUUCAAAUUUGACCAAAUUUCUAAAUCUUUUUUCACUUCAGCCCAACAUCUUUAAAUAAAUUCCCAUUUUUUGCUGUCAUGUUGAUCCCCAGAUAUUUCACUUUCUUAACCACUGUUAAACCUGUCAUAUUCUGAAACCUCUCUUUCUCCAUUGGUGUUAGAUUUUUCUCUAAAACCUUAGUUUUUACCUUGUUCAAUUUAAAUCCUGCAACUUGACCAAAUUCUUGAAUCAAUUCUAAAACUCUUUUAGUACUAGAUUCUGGCUUCUGUAACGUCAAUACUAAAUCAUCUGCAAAUGCUCUCAAUUUGUACUGUUUAGUUCCGACCUGUAUACCUUUGACCAACUGGUCCCUUCUAAUCAUGUUCAGCAAAACCUCCAGGACCGAAAUAAAAAGAAGUGGGGAAAUUGGGCAACCUUGUCAUGUCCCUUUUUCAAUUUUAAGUUCUUCCGUCACCAGAUUAUUUACAAUUAUUUUAGCCUUUUGUUCUGAAUAAAUUGCACUUAUACCAUUCUCAAAGCCUUGGCCUACCCCCAUGCCCUGUAGAUUCUUCUUCAUAAAGUUCCAGGAAAUGUUGUCAAAGGCUUUUUCCGCAUCCACAAAUAUCAAAACUGCUUUAGUGUUUAUGUUCACUUCCAGUUUUUCCAGAAUAUCAGUUAUAUUCCUCAAAUUGUCAGACAGAUGUCUUCCUGGGAGAAAGCCCGCUUGGUCUUUAUGAAUCACUUCCAUCAACACUUUUUUAAAUCUCUUGGCCAAAAUGUCAGCAAAAAUUUUGUAAUCCACAUUAAGUAAUGAUAUAGGGCGGUAGUUCUUAAGCUGUGUCUUUUCAGUCUCUGUUUUCGGUACAAGUGUAAUAUAUGCUUCUUUCCACGACUCUGCAUACCUCCCUCUUUUGUAUUCCAAUUAAAUUUGUUAAUCCAACAAUUCCUUUCCCUCCUUUUUAAUCCUAAUCUUUAAUCUUGAUAUAUUAUAACUUUAAAUUUUUACAUAUUAAAAACCAAUUUUUCCAUAUUCUUUUGUACCUGUACAGCUAGAAACCACUUAACUUCAAUCCAACAUCAUUCUAGCAUUCAUUAAUUUUGCAAUAUUUCUGUAAAUAGUCUUUAAAUUUCUUCCAAUCUUCUUCCACCGACUCUUCUCCCUGGUCACGGAAACUGAAAGUCAGACGCUUAACAGCUGGACUCAGCUUCCUGUGUUGAGGAGAUCGCUUGAGAGGUGGGCCAUUAGAGAACUAAUAAUGAAGAUGAUGAUGAUGAUGAUUUAUUUUUAUUAUUAUUUUGUUUAUACCCAGCCACUCUGGGUGGCUUCCAACACAUAUAUAAAACAUAGUCAAACAUUAAACAUCUUUAAAAAAUGGAACACUUCACCAAUUUGCAGAGGCCAUGCUAACCUCUUUAUCAAUCCAAUUUUAGUAUACAGUAUGUGCUGCGGACAGAGAGAUGGGCCAUCAGCAAGACAGACACUCUACCAGCCAGCAGAUGGGUGAAGCCCCACCCAGAGCUUUGAGAUAGUGAGUUUGAAGAGAGUGCCAAAGUUUUGGUUAGGAGGAAGUUUUAGGAUUUCAGUUGGCUAUAGUGUGAUCAAAAGAAAAAAGGCUUUCAGUCUGUUAAAUGCAGCAAGCUGGAGAGGCAGGAUCAGAGCACAAUGCAGACUGACAGUUUGAAUUAGAGGUUGCAGCAAUGGGAAAAACGGGACUCUCUUGGAGUGUAUGCUGGGGCCCCCUCCAUUACAGGCUCAGGUGUAAAUAAACUAUAUAUCAUUAUGACACCACAGUCUACACUGUGCCUCAUUUCCAAAGGAAACACAGACUAAGUGCCUAGACCCCUGCAGUCUUGCACCAGUCAGAGAUUGGGGUGGCAUUUAGCCCCAUAUUACUAAUCAUGGGAGCGGCAAAGAGGGUGAAGCCCAGCUCUCUAGAAAUAACAGGUUGUAUCUAAGGUACUGCAAAGUGAAAGUCACUUCGCUGUGCCUGUGUGGCUGAGUAGGGAUUCAAACCCUGGUCUCCUGAGUCCUGGUUAGAGACCAACCAUUACACUGUACUUUCAUCAGGGGCUGCAGUCUUUUUUUGUGGCAAAUAAUCCCCCCUCCCCUCUACUUGUUCCAGACAACAACUCUGCAGCUGCUGGAGAGUCAGGAGGAGCAAAGGGGGAGCAGCAGCACCAAGGAGGAAGGUCCUGCGGAAAGGAAGCAGCCAAGUGCCGCACCCCUUUAUGGGGAUCCCAACAGCAACUCUCUCCGAGAACCAGAACCAGUGGCAACCCCCGCUCCUUUGGCUAAUCUGAAGGAAAGCUCAAGCAGUCCUCCAUUCACCGCUCUCAAAGGAGCCCCAGACAGUCUGCUUUUUGCAGCUCCUGAGGCUCAUUCUUCGGAAGCACCGGUUGAACAAACUCAUGCAGCCUCUGCUCAAACUGCAAGGCCGCCUCUCAGGCUCUCCGCCAGUAUUGAGAAGGAGAGGCCAAGCACUCAGGGUGAAAUGGACACAAUAGACACCGCCAUUCUGGCACCUCCAAAUCCAGCGGCGGGUGAGAUGGCCCCUGCAAUGGAGGGGCCCACAACGGGUCCAGAGGGCAAGGAGGAGAGUGGGGCAAGUCAGCACACCGCUGGCCCCACCUCUCAAGCUGCUCUAGCCAACAAGCAGCAGGACUUGGCUGGAGCCUCACAGCCAAGACCAGCGUCCAGCCCCAUGGAAGCGGAUUCCAGGUCUGUGCCAGGGCGGGAGGGGGACAGGAACUGUACCCAUUAUGAGUCUCUUGCCUUUCCGUGCCUUCCCCCCACCCCCUAAUAGCAUGGGGUUUAAGGCACAAAGGAAGAGCCUGGCUCCCCCUUGUUGGGUGAUAACGCCGAGGCCUGUUGCCUCCCCCCAACUGCAGCGUCGCCUGGGAUUCAUUCCUCGGGUCUCCCGUCACACUGAUGUGGCCCAUAUCCAGGGAAAUGAGCACACAGUGAGCAGAGUUCAAAACAGAAGCUCAGCCUUGAGUAGUAACAUCUAAACCUAAUUUAUUGCAAAUUAAAUCAAACAUAACAUAAAACAUGGCUCCUCUCUCUGUCUUUCUUCCUCGGAGAGAGAGCUGCAAAAAACAAAAGCUAUACAGAGCGGAAACAGCAUAUCUCAACUUCCUCUCACAAGACUCCCACAAUCAGUGCUGGAAUGUAAACAGACAUGUGACAUGUAACAAUCCCACACACAUCUGCAGUACGGGAGGAAUGGAAUUCUCAACACCCCUCUGCUCCAUUCAUUGACAUCAGUGCUAGCACUCCCCCACUCCCUCAUUUAACCCCCACAUCAACCCUAUAAGGUAGGCACUACCCAAUGAGCUUCAGGACUGAGUAGUGAUUUGAACUCUGGUCUCCCAGGGUUCUGGUCCGUUAACCACUGCAUCACUCCCACUCUCCUUUUCCUUCUGUCUUUUUCUCUUGCAGUCUUCUUGAGGACAAGGGUGGUUUCUUCAAAGUUGCCACUCCCAAGCCAUCUGCACUGGGAACUCUGUUGGUAGAAGACGACGACGACGAGGAAGAGGUGGUAAGAGCUUUGAGGGGGUGCAGUGGUGUAUGGUGCCAUUUGGGACGGCUUAAGGUGGAAGGCAUAAGUAAAGGUAAAGGGACCCCUGACCAUUAGGUCCAGUCAUGGCAGACUCUGGGGUUGCGGUGCUCAUCUCACUUUAUUGGCCGAGGGAGCCGGCGUACAGCUUCCGGGUCAUGUGGCCAGCAUGACUAAGCCGCUUCUGGCAAACCAGAGCAGCACACGGAAACGCCGUUUACCUUCCCGCCAGAGCGGUACUUAUUUAUCUACUUGCAUUUUGACAUGCUUUCAAACUGCUAGUUGGCAGGAGCAGGGACCGAGCAACGGGAGCUCACCCCGUGGUGGGGAUUCGAACCGCCAACCUUCUGAUUGGCAAGCCCUAGGCUCUGUGGUUUAACCCACAGCGCCACCCAUAGACGCCCUCAAUAGGUGUUUGAUAAACUAAAGUGGUGGUGUUUUGUUACCAGGGCACCACCAAUCUUUCCUGUGGCUGUUAGGGGCGCUGUAUUGUUACGGUUUUGUGGCAUGUUCAUAUUUAUGUUUCAAGCAUGCUUUCAGCUGCUAUGGCCUUUGAGUAACAAGUGACUAACAAGUCCAAUCAGUCCAAUCACUUUAUUAGGGUCAAUGUCCACUAUUCAAAACUAACAAUAGCUGGAGCCAUAGCCACUGACAGGCAGCAGAGCCAACUACUUCCAGUUUUGUCCUCCCUGCUGAGUCCCACAAGGGGCAACCCUGCGACUUACUAGGAGAAAGCUAGAGCCCACAUCCUUGGCUUCCUUCUCCUGCUUGCCUUGCUGAUGGUCCUGCUCAGCUGGCCACCUGCUCUGCCAAGCAGCGGUGACCUAUCCCUGCCUUUCUUUCUCUCGCUUUCAGAGCCUUAAGGGUCGGCCUCCCCCCACCCCACUCUUUGAUGAUGAUGACGACAACAGUGAUGACCUAUACCUGCUGGGAUGA